GACCGGAAGUGCCCGCUGCCAUCACGUCACCGGCUUGCCCCACCGAGUGAGGGUUGCCGUGACAGCGGCGGACUCUCCAGUCGGAGUUCCCAGGCGCUCGUUGCUGGGGGCGGGAGGCUGGUCGCCCGCUCGCUCGCUCGGCCUCGCCGUGUCCUCCGGCGUCUUUCGACCAGGCCUCUCUCCUCCGGCCUCGGGUGUCUCCCAUGGAGCGGGCGGCCGCUAUGACGGACAUGUACGACCAGGCGCUGCUGGGCAUCUUGCAGCAUGUGGGGAACGUCCAGGAGUUCCUGAACAUCCUCUUCGGCUUCUUGUACCGAAAGACCGACUUCUACCGGCUCCUGGUGCAGCCGGCCGACCGGCUCGGCUUCCCUCCGGGGGUGGCCAAGUGCAUGGCGCUGCGGGUGAGUCCGAGAGGCUGGGGGCUCCUCGCCCAGCUCCCUUGCCCCUCGCUCAAAAUGAAGAGUUAUUUGUUUUCGUUUCAUACGAAUCCUUAUUUAGGUAGCCAUUUCCGGGAGGUUUAACUCUUUCUGUCAGCAAAACAAAACAAAAAAAGCAGCACAGUCCUGGCAGGGCAUCUCUAAAGACUCCAUAAAGAUUUAUUCUGGAAUAAUAAUAAUAAUAUAUUUAUACCCCGCCCAUCUGGCUGGGUUUCCCCAGCCACUCUGGGUGGCUCCCAACAGAAUAGUAAAAACACGAUAAAACACCAAACAUUUAAAACUCCCCUAAACAGGGCUAUCUUCAGAUGUCUUCUAAAAGUCAGAUAGUUGUUUAUUUCCGUGGCUUUUGUAGGUGGAAGGGAAGCUUUAGUCCACGAAGCCUUAUGCUAUGGAUUUUCUUGUGGUGGGUUCUAUUGGAGCGGAUUGUUUUCUGUCCGUAUAUGGUUAAGGAAUUAUAGGGUGUUUCUUGAACAGUUACAAGGUAGGUUUGCCUUUCAGAACAACAACAAAAUGCGUCCAAAGUCGCUUGGAGACAAGUGAGUAUGAGGCCUAAUAAAGAAUAACAAAUCAGACCAUUUUUAAAGUGCUGCAGUAGUUGAUCUGUUGUUUAUACAGAUAUUUGUUGCACUGUGAGAUGUUUUCCCCCUGGCUUCAAUGAAUUUAGGCUUAUCAUUUUCCACCCUCGUUUUAAUAAUCGCAGCAUCCCAGUGGGGGUACAUUAGGCACAGACUAAGUGUGUGUGUGUGUGUGUGUGUGAGAGAGAGAGAGAGAGAGAGAGAGAGAAAGAAACGAGACACAGAGAGGCUGGCUCAAAGUGAGCUUCAUGCCUGAGUUGGGUUUCGAACCUGGAGCCUUCCCAGUCUUAGCCCAACAUUAACAACUACACCGCAUUCCGCAGGAGUAGCUGCGUCAGUUUGUCACAGCAAACUCAACAAACAGUCUCUAAGGUGCCACAGACAAAACUCAGAAUUACACUGCUAUGUUUUUUGGGCUAGAGCCCACUUUCAUGCAUAAAGUAUGAUCCUUAGGUGGCAGAUAUAUGUUUCAGUUCUAUUUUCCCUCUUCACCUGGAACAAUUCCCAUGAUGGCUUACAUAAAACAAAACAGAAUUAAUUUCUUUUCUGACACAUUGCCCUAUGAUGGCAUUGUCACUCCAGUCCAUUCACAUUCCAAUCCCAAUCUUUAUUAGAUUGAUAAGAAUUAGAUUGUGGUUUUUUUAAUCCUCUUUUAGCUCACCGUGCUCACCCACCUUUGGCAGUUGGGUGCUUGGUUCCCUGGAUGCAAAAUUCUUGCUCUUUAUCCACUGUCUUAAGUGGAGAGUUAAGUGCAACCUUUUACAUGCCUACUCCCAUAUAAGUGGGUAUAAGGUUGCAGCCUUAAUUAAUUAAAUUUAUAAUGUGCCAGAAAUGUAAAGUGACUUUCUCUGUCAUCUCCAUAAACAUAAAUAAGACUAAAAAUAAUUGUAAUUUGCACCAGCUGUACUUUUUUUUGAGGCGUAUGGGUGCUCUUCUCCCUUCUCACAGUGUAUAUUGGUUUAAAUAUAGGAUAUCCCACAUUCUUAAGGGGCUAAAUCAGUGAAACAAUGAGACCCAACAUUCUCUUGCAAGAUCUUAGUGAUUCCAAAAUAUAAUUAAGAAUCCCUCUCCAUUGUGGUUUAUCGGAUGGUGGAUAUACAAUGGCUUUGUAUACAUGACUGGAAUUAAGAGGCGUCUGUGGCAAAAGUCCAACCUUUUCUUGUGAAAUAAGAGACCGUUUUUAAAAAAGGAUCCAUUAUUAAAGUUGAAUAUAUCUUAGUUAAGGUAAUGACAAUGCAUUUGAGCGAAUUAUUAUUAUUUAAAGUUAAUGUACCAAUAAAUUAUUUAAGCCCGUUGACUUCAUUGGGUCUGUUUUCAGGUAUGACUAACAUUGAAAAUCACCUUUGAUUUCUAGAACUGCUUAUCUUUUUAGCAUUAGAGCUCUAAAGAGUUCUGUAACCAAACUAGAGAAAAGGUAAAGUUUUUUAAAUUUAUCACCAGAAGAGCUUUAUUUUUGAUAACUAGAAAUAAAAGCUGUGUUAGGGCUUCUUUUACUUCCUUGUAGGAGUAUGAUUAAAUAAAGUUUUCUUUUGUACCCAAUUCUAAAUUGAAAUGGUGCUUUCUUAAUUUCAUGUCUCUCUCACUCUUGUCACACCCACCCACACACCCCUUUACUUUUAAAAGAGAGGGAGAAGAUCCCAAUGGCAAGUAGUGGGACAGAAGCAUUAAUUAGCUGUUUUUCCUGCAUUGUCCCUUCCUUAGAUCCCAUUACUGCUGUCAUGUAGCUGUUUUCCAGGCUUGUUCUUCUUCCUAGAUUCCCAGGUUUUCUUGUAUAAAAUCUGAUGAAAAUGCAGCAGGCUUUGGCUUUUUCACUGCACACUACAGGUUUCAAUUUGGAACUGGACUAUGGUUUUGCCCACAUCUUACCCAUGUAUCUUUUUUACAUGCAUUUGUUAAUGCUGUCUCAGACAGAAGUCUGGCCUUCAGAUUGAUAUCCACUUCAGCCUGACCUCUCCAGUCUAUUCUUGGAACAGUUGACUGUUCUAGAAUGGCUAUUGAAUUAUUUUUGUCAGCUGCUUUCUAAAAACUGGGCAUCAGAAGCAUGAAUAGAUUAAACACUUAGAUCCAAGUGUGUUUGUGAAAUAACUGACCCUGUGUGCGUGUGGCUAUGAGACGGGUGGAGAUGUUUUUUUUCAAUGUGUCGUUCGGAUGGGGCUGAGAGUUAACACAUGGCAAUUAGAGAGGAAGAGGAGCCUGCUACAAGUGGAGUGCUGCAUAUUUAUUCUGCCUCACCCUCAUCCCUGUGGCAGUUUAGAUGGCCCUUAUUAUUCUCUUAAAAUCUGCAUUUUAUCUUCUCUAUGAAGGACUUUGCCCAGCUUAGAAAUGAGGUGGGCUGCUAGAGUGUGAUAUCCUUUUUCCUGUAACCUGCUCACUUAAGUGGACUCAGUUAACUCCUUGUUGUCUACAGUGACCAGGCAGGUGGUUGGGUACAAGGCUAUGAGAAAAGAUGUUGCAGGUACGUGUCAUUACGUUUUAAUUUUGUAGGGGUAGCUAAACAGGUCUGUUACACCGAACACAUACAACAAAUACUGUUGUGGCAUUUUAAAGAUACUACUUGUAUUUUUUAUCUAUGGCCCUGAGUUUUUGUGGAAACCCUACAGCAGGGGUGGAAACCCUUUAGUCCACGGGCCUAAUUGGUCCCCACCAGGCCUUCUUAUUUGGUCUGCAAGGCUAUUUUGGCCAAGCUAUGCCCACCUCCCCUAUGCAUGAGGUAAUGUGUGGGGUAGGUAGCAAGCAGAAAGGGGCUUUUCAAGCACUGUUGAUGAACCUGCAAAGGGUUCUGCAAGACCCAAGUAUCAGCUGUUGGGUCUUGUGGAGAGCUUUGCAAGGGGCUUCAGAAGACCUGACAAAUAGCUGGUUGGUCAGUAUUUUAAGGCUUUUCACAAUAUAGUGCUUUGCAAGGCCCUCAGCAAGGCUUUCAGGUCCCUUACAGAGUGCUUGACAAGGUUGUUGGGUAUUCCAAAGAAAAGUGUGGCCUCAAAGAAAGGUCACCUGCCAUCACUGUGUUGCCAGGUGAGUGCCAAUGAAGGGUGAGGCUUUUUUCUUUUUCUAUUAUGUUUUAUUGUAAUUCAUAUUUGGUGUUAGCCACCCUGAGCCUGGCCCUGGGUAGAGAGGGCGGGGUAUAAAUAAAAAUUGAUGAUGAUGAUUAUCUGGCCUGCUGACUGUGUCCAGUCCCCCACCACUGCCCUAAAGCAUCUCACUAGAAGUUUAUGUUUAGUAUAGUUCUUCUUUCUGCAUAAUUUCCCAUCCUUCAAUGAUAAUACCGUGGGCUGGUUGUCCUUCCAAAACUUCAGCACUUGUUUUGUUAGAAAUAUAAAUGGCUUUGUUUCUGUAGGUCAUCCAUGAAGCAGUCUGUUUCAAGGAGCAGUUAUGUCACUCCUCUGAAAAAAAGCACACCCUUUCCAUCCAUUCUCUUACGGUUAUCUAUAGGUUAAUGGUUGGGCUGUUGCUUUGUUUGCUGUAUCACUUUCAGGCUUUCAAAAACUUUGAACACCUGGCCCGCCAAGAUGAUGACAGAAGACAGCAAGAACUUCAGGAAAAAGUGAAGAAAAGAGAGGAGGACAUGGCAGCUGCAGGAGAGAGAGUGAAGGUGGUGCCAGCUGUAGCUGAGGAGGUUGAGAUCAGUGCAGCAGUGGGUGAUGACUCUGUAUCGGAGGGUGGAAAGGCUACAGAGUCACAGGAGCCUGUGGCAGUGGAGGAGAAAGUAGAUGCACAAGCCGCCAAUGCAGCCGUGGAGCCACCGGAGGCUGUUGCUGCCCCUUUAGAAAGUCAGCCAGCAGAGCUGCCCAGGUGAGUGACCGCUAUGGUGCUUUGACCUCGUCGAACAUUUUGCUGAAGAGAAAUGAACUGGCAAUGUAUCUAUAAUAUGGCUUAGCCUGUAGGGUUGGGACAGGUUCAUUUUUCUUAAGAGGGCUACUAGGGAAACAUGUUUAUCUGUGAGCAAGGGGCCUCGGUGCUAUUUCAAUGGAUGAAUCUAUGCAGCAGCCUUUUGGAUAUAUACAGAAAUGUGCUAACAGUUAAGCCUUCAUGUGGCUGUUUCUCGCAUGGUGGCAUCAGCCAUGGGCCUGGCAGCCUAUUGUUUGGAAGAAACAGGAGCGUUGUCUGUGCAACAGAAUGCGAUAGUAAACGGCAGAGGUGGUGGAAAAGAUGGCAUCGCUCCACUCCUGAGUUGCAGAAGUUUUUCAGUGCCUCAGGUGGAGUUCUUUCCCAUCACCUGGUACCUGGUACUUUUAAAAAAUGGAGAAGCCAAGACUGAUCUUGAGACCAUCUGCAAGGAAAGCAUGUUCUCUACUAUUGACCUAUGGCCCUUUUCCAGUUCUGAAUGUAGUUGCAAGAUUUGUGCUUUUGAAUGCUCUCCCACAUCAAAGUCACUACUGUAUAGGUAGAAAACCAGCAGAGCUGACAAAGGGCCGCGCUGGAAUCUCCCUCCUUGAUGUAUUAGAUUUCUUUUAUCAAGGCAGGUUUUUUUCUGUAUGAGUAAACAACUAAAAGAUUUUUCACUGGGAGUUUAAAGUGGUGUGGCCUGUUCUCUUGAAUGUGUAGACUAGGCUUAAACGAGAGGCUGCCACAGAGUAUGUAAAUCUUGGUGAGAAUACUCUGUGGAAUUUAUUUGAUGUACACUUGCCAAGUAUACUGGCCUGUGGUGGCUUUAGGGAGAAACCUUGCCUAAUUUGCAAGUAUUGGGGAACCCGCUGUCUAUUAUGUGCUUGAUAUGUGCAUUUUCUUGCUCUUCUUGCUGCUCUUCAUUGUAGGUGAAACCCAAAAGCUGAACAUUUAUUUUGUUUAUUUUUCAAUAGAAUUUCUAGCUUUUCCAGGGAUAACUUGUGUUGCUGACUGAUUCUUAAAUAUCUCCACUCGUCUCUUAACACCCAUGCCUGGUUCCUAUCACUUACAUUAUGUUUCUCUGAGUUUCUGCUAAUAUAAAGAUGGGUCUGGGAAGAUGCUUUCAGUGUUUAAAGACUAAUCACCUUGGAAAUAGUACUUCAGAGUGGAACUAAGGCAAAUUAUGUUUAAUUUUGUCAAGUAGACACUCAUUAGCCUUGGAUGAAUUUUUUUGUGACGUGUUAGGGAGUUUUGUAUGUGUGAUACAGACAAAACUAUACAGUGGUACCUCGGGUUACAUAUGCUUCAGGUUACAUACGCUUCAGGUUACAGACUCCGCUAACCCAGAAAUAGUGCUUCAGGUUAAGAACUUUGCUUCAGGAUGAGAACAGAAAUCGUGCUCUGGCGGCACAGCAGCAGCAGGAGGCCCCAUUAGCUAAAGUGGUGCUUCAGGUUAAGAACAGUUUCAGGUUAAGUACGGACCUCUGGAAUGAAUUAAGUACUUAACCCAAGGUACCACUGUAUUGGAAAUGUAAUUUUUGAAAUGCAUUUUUUUACGGACAUCCCAAGCUGCGUGUGCUAGCAGCAGAAUGUGACACAGCUGGUGAGUGUAUUUCUCAAGGUACUGAUAACUUAAAAGCUUUUGUGUACUGCCAUGUAAGUCCUUUGUUGGUCGUCUAAUCACUUAGGAAGGCAAGGUGAAAUGAGGCUCUGUAUCAGUUUGAUGGCAUGGCUGCAGGAUGGGUGAAGCUUUACUGUCAUGGGAAUCUCUUAGAAUCCUGACAUCCAUUGUGGACAUUGCACUUCCUGUUGGUUUGGAAAGGCAGCUUGCCGAAAGCCAGAAACCACCAAUCUCUGCAUCCCAAACACUGAACAAGAUGGUUUCACAAUUGCCUGUGGAGUGUUGGAAUGGGUUUAGCAUCCUACAUGGGGAAAAGAUCCUGCUGGACACUAUUUUCUAGUGUUGAUGUAUGAGAGGAUGGAACAUUUUUACUCUGGAAGCAAAGCAGUGUUUAACAUAGUGAUGACGAGUGUGAGCUAAGAGCUGGUCUGCAAAUCUUGCCUUAGCCAUUGGCUUGAUCUUGGGGAAACCGCUGUUCUAUUUGAAAAAUGAUCAACCUACCUUAUAGGGCUUUGUAAGAAUUACUGAGGCUGUAUGUGUGGAGCAGGCUUUUUGAAGGUGUGAAAUGUGCUAUAUGAAUCAUGCUGCUCAUUUGGGUAGCAGUGCUGUCCCUUUGAUCUGCCUUUAGCCAGCCCAAACAUCACGAUCUGACGAUACACUGCAAUGUUGAAAUGAGCUGCAUUGUUCCCAGCCUGCGAUUUGUGGGGUGAAACUGCUGCAGCUCUCACUACGGGAGCUGAGGCUCUUUCACUCCACAGCCUUGGGGGCAAGUACAACGCAGCUUGUUUGCACUGCUCAGCUGGGGGGCAGGAAGGCUCCUGCUCUGCAGCUGAGCGAGCCCCGAUGUCUCCCAGGCAGCUGUGUGCCCCUGAACAGAGAAGUGUAAAGGAGCCACCUUCCCACCUCUGGCUCAUGCAAACUGGAGGAGAGGUGGGAGUUCUGUUACACUGUGUAGGCAGCCAAGCUAGGAACAAGCUACAUUGGCUGAGGCUGAUGUUCCUCCCUCAGUGGUAUGAGGGCCAGACCUUGAUGGCUGCUUCACCUGGUGGUAUAUUGCAGGUGAAACCACCACUGCCGAGUCCCUCUGCUGCCAGCACCUGGCUGCAGCUUGUUUAUCCCUCACACACUUGGUGCUGAUAGAGAGACUCGGCAGUGGUGGUUUCACCUGCAAUAUACCACCAGGUGAAGCAGCCAUCAAGGUCUGGCCCUCAUACUGGUCCUAGCAUUCAGUAGGGUUAUAUUAAUGAAUCAGUAGACUAAUAACCGAAGAUUCCCUAAACGUACAGCUUUUAAUCAAUAAUGUAUUCAUCUUGUUUAGCUAAUAUGCAGGUGUUUGCUGCUGAAAAGUUCAAGAACUGUGUGCAGAGAUGUUCCAUCCAACUUUUCUUGCAGAACUGCUGUAGUUGGUAUAAGCUUGCCACUGGGUGGUGUUGGCAUCCACUAAAUGGAUAACAUAGACUCCAAAGCAUAUUGAAGAGUUAUGUGAGGUCUCUGAGGUUUCCCUCCAGACAAAAUUUGCUGCUGAGAGCCUGGCUAAGCAAGAUGCUAUGAUGUUCAUUUCUAGCAACAAAUGGAUGGAAAUUGAAAUUCUGCAACAGUAUUUCCAACUCUCUUUACAUGAAGACAACAUAAUUCCCCCAAGUCUCAUCACCCAGAAGUUGAAACAUAUCUCUAAUAUACCAUCUUGCAAACUGUGAAUAAGAUUAACAUUAUUAGUCUUCAUCUGGUAUGUAGAUGAGGUGUGCUUACAUCUCUGCUUCUUAUUUAGUACAAAAAGUCAGUAUAUUUUCUCUUGUAGUUUCAGGAAUAUGGUGUUUUCUUUAAAUGUGGGAUAUGUUUAGAUGGUAGAAAGAAAAUAAUACAUAGCUGUAAACUUUCCCUUUUCUUGCGAGGAAUCCUAUUCGGAAUAAGGGAAUUUCCCUUUAAAAAAAAGGAAAACAUUGACAGCUAUGAAAUAAUAAGUAAUAAUGUGUUUGAGGGAGCAGUAAUAUGUGUAGGUGCAUCAUUUAUUCCUACAUUGCAGGGAGUUGGCCUAGAUGACCCUGGUAUAGAACUCUACAAUUCUAUGAUUCUACUAUUUAUAUGUGUACGAGUGGUGGUAGCUCCUGGGCUGAAGGCUGAAUGCCCAAAUUUCUCUCAUUUUUCUAACAUUUAACCAAAACAAUCCCCAUGUACUUUCUAGCCCUUUCUGUACAAAUCAGGUUCUAGCACUAUAAAAUAUGCAUUCAGUGAAAACUGAAUUAGUUUGUUAGUUGAAAUGCCUUAAUUACUGCCACUUUCAGUAACUGUGAUGAAUGUCUUUCCAGGCCAAAUCAAAUAUACAAGUAGAGUACAAGAGCAGCUGGCUAAAAGCGUUUGGACCUUUGUUAACACCUUACACAAAUGUGCACAGCCUCAGUACAGGAUGGUCAUUCUUAUCUCCCGAAACGUCCUUAUCUUUUUCGAAAGAGGGUGGGUUUGUAUGUUUUUCUAGAACUUAGAAGCACAGAAGUGGUGGUAAAUGUGUGUGUCUCCCACUUGACUGGGAGAAAACCAUAGAUCACAUGUUUUGGAUGCAAAAGAUCCCAUGUUCGAUCCCUGGCAUCUCGAGAUAGGAAUGGAAGAGACUUCUGUCUGAAAUGCUGAAAAUCUGUCAGUCAGUCUAGACAAUACUGAUCUAGAUAGACUUGGUACAGGUAGAAUCUAAAAUUUAAAACCUUUUGUGUUCACCCGUGUUCUUCCUCCUGGAAGAUGGCAAGGAUGAAACAAAAAUCUAAUCUCAAAGUAUAUUUUUCUCAUGCAAUAUGCCAACAAAGUAAUCAUAACCUGGCAGCUAUAUAGAGGCCUCUCAUUAUCACAAGACACAUACAAUGUAGUCUUUCCUCCUCCUCCCUUCUGGUCUUACAUUUAGAUGCAGCACAUCACAACUUUGAGUAGUAUUGCAACAAAUGCUUAAUGGAAGGAGAUGGGAUAUCAUUUUUCUGAUCUCUUGCCAAAGCCUAUAUUGGCUUGGCUUCCAUCUCUAAACGAUCCUAUGUAGGACAUGUUGCCAUCUGAUCUUUAUGUCUCCAACUUCAGAAAGAUCAGAAUAAAGAGUGCCUGUUUUAUUGCCAUCUGGGUGGUGUGAGGCUGUGAAUUGCAACACUCUUUGUGCCCAGACAUUUCCAUCUGCUUUGACAAGCAGCUCUCUCCAUCGUUCUCGAUGUCUGAGCUCAGCUCCUUUUUUAUUUUGAGUGCUGCCUUCUCACUUGGCCCUCUUUUAGAUUUUACUCUGCAUACAUUUGCCUCACAGUAUUUAAAAUAGUGUCACAUGUGCCACAGAUCAGUCAGCCUCCUGAGUUCUGUUUACAUUGUUUGACUCCCGAUUCUCAUUUGCGCCUUUGUUUUUAGGUAGAAGGCUGAACUCUCUUGGUUGCCUUAUUUUUCUGUUGGCACAGCAGACGCUUUGGAAGUCAGACAGCUUUCUUAGUAAUUUGACUUGGUGUGGGGUGGCCUGAGUGGAAGGCGCUUAAAGUGAAAUUGGCACUUCCAUGGCAUUGGGGGGGAAAAGAAGUUUUUAAAAAAUCAAAAGCACAACAAUACAAACUACUGGGUGAUAAUUGUCUGAGCAAGAGGAUCCACGGUGUAUUUAGCUGCAUAAAUUAGUCUUUUCUUCACCCCAUUUAUGGAACUGGGGUCUAAGUUACAUCUCUCUUAAGGCCUAGUAUUAGAAGAGUUGCGUCUUGUGAAGUUAUUGGAAAUGAGGGAUGAGAAGCAAGUAUAAGCUCUUUUCAGAGAAGUGUGGCGCAGCAUAAGCGGUUGAGGUUUCUGAAGUAGAACCAGGAGCGAUGGUGGCCUUUGUAAGUUGAACCACAAGGGAUUGCUUGCAAGUAGAGCUGAACUGGCUGUCCUCUCCAUGGUAGGAGAAAAUAGUAGGAGCUGCUAUAUUAAGCAAAACUGGGUUACGCUGGAACGGCAGAAUCAACACACUUGUGAGAUCUGUUUGUUCCCUUUCAAAAGUGUUGCUUGCCUGGAAGCUUUCUGUGACCCAGAAUUGGAGCUGUAAACUUAGAAACGUAAAAGUAAGAUGGGCAGGAUAUCUUUAAAAGGCACCAACUUCUAGCACACAUGCCUAUUUCAGUAUACCACAAGUUUGGUAAAGGCACUAGGCAUUAUUGCUGGAAUGCGUAGUUCAGCGACAUGACAUUGCAGUAGCUACAGGUAGGUAGCCGUGUUGGUCUGCCGUAGUCGAAACAAAAUUAAAAAAAUCCUUCCAGUAGCACCUUAGAGACCCAACUAUAAUAAGAAUAACAAACUUCGUUGGUCUCUAAGGUGCUACUGGAAGGAAUUUAUGACAUUGCAGGCCUUUGAUAUGAAGAACAAAGCAAAUACAUUAAGUUUGUCAUUGUUGGGCUUUGCAGUGAGAGGUACUUCUGCUUCAGAAGGACUCCCUCUACCUCUCUAUCAUAAGUUUAUAGUGGAGGUUCAUGCCAGGGUAUUUUCAAGUGUCUACCUAAUGGCAUAUAUCUAUUUAGGUGCAUAUCAGGGUAGAUCUCAGUAAACUAUGGGUCCAACCCAUGUGGCAGCUAGUUGUUGCUGUUUUCAUGUUAAGGCAACAGGUAUAUGCUUUGCUAUCUCAGCUAAGUCCAGUAAUUUUGACAACCAUUCCUCCAUGGUAGGUAAUGAUCAAUCUUUCCAUCUUUGUACAUAUAAAAGUUUCACUGCUGUGAUCAUGUAUUGGGAUAGUGUUCCAUGGUAUAUAUAUAUAUCUCCAUCCAUAAGUCCCAGCAUGAAGAGCUCUGCUUUCAACUGCUGUGCAGCACUUGGAAGGUUCCCCAGAAAGGAAUGCACUUCCGGGGCUGAAAAAGGUGUCCCAGUCCUCUGCUGGUAUGUUUCAAUAACCAGAAAAGCCAAGGUUUGUCUUUUAACCUACCUAUAUAUUUCAGAAGAGAUUGUGCUUUUAAAAAGCUUGCGUUUCUGAUGGUGUUAGUCAGUCAUGCCCCAAUCCUGGAUUAGGUGCAGUGAGUCAGAAUGGAAAAAAAUUACAUGGGAUAAAAAGAUUCAUCUAUCGAUCAAAGGAUGAUUUUGUCCAUUGAAACUUUACUUAAGUUCUUUUCAAUGUGCUACUGGUCAUUCCUCCUAGGGCACCAGGCGUAUUGGGUCUGUAGUCCCCUGCUACUUUUUGUACGCCUAAGUAGAGCAAGCUGUCUAUUGCUAGGCAAAUACUGAUAGUGUCUGCUGAGUUUGGCUCUCUGGUAGGCUUGUCUUGUCACCUGUUAAUGUGGUGUUGAGUUAGGGUGAGAGAUGUACGCUCACUGACUGGGUAGGCUGGCAAACUAUCAAGAUGUGGAGCUGGCUUCUAAAAAUUGAAGCUGGAAACAGUUGGAAGCCUAGAUUUUUUUAAGUUGAUCAAAGUGUUAUGUCUAUGUUGUGGCACCAUGUGAUAACAAAGUCAAAAAGGACCUGCUAUUUAAACUUUAAUUCUUUGGCAUUUUACAGCCUCUGGGUGCUAGUUCAUUGAAAAUCCAUGCAUGAAUCACAAAUGCUAGUUUUGGAAGCAUGCAGUCAAUUUUAAAGUGGGUUGGGCUUUAUUUUAAAACAAUAUGUUUUGCACAUUUGCAUCGUUAAGCCUAUAUUUGCAGGUAUGUUCAGUUUCCCUGAUGUAUGACUGCUGGUGGUUGUUUCCCUGGUAAUGAGGUAGAAUGCUGGAAUAAUUUAACAGACUGUAAGCUGAUGACUACAACUCUGAACGGUCUUUUAUGUCAGGGGUAGCUAACCUUUGACCCUCUAGAAGUUGUUGGACCAUAGUUCCCAUCAUCUCAAGCCAGCAUGACCAGUGGUCAGGUAGAUAGGAACUGUAGUCUAACCAUAUCUGAAGGCCCAAAGGUUAGCACUGCUGCCUGAUGUGAACUUCCUGGUACGCCAGCUGAGACCCUACCUACCUGCGCCCUAUAUCACCAGUGGUACAUGCUCUGGUUAUCUCCCACUUGGACUACUGCAAUGUGCUCCAUGUGGGGCUACCUUUGAAGGUGACUUGGAAACUACAACUAACCCAGAAUGUAGCGACUAGACUGGUGACUGGGAGCAGCUGCUGGGACCAUAUAACACUGGUCCUGAAAGACCUACUUUGGCUCCCGGUACGUUUCUGAGCACAAUUCAAAGUGUUGGUGCUGACCUUUAAAGCCCUAAACGGCCUCGGCCCUGUAUAUCUGAUGGAGUGUCUCCACUCCCAUCAUUCAGCCUGGACACUGAGCUCCAAGGGCCUUCUGGUUGCUCCCUCACUGUGAGAAGUGAAGUUACAGGAAACCAGACAUAGGGCCUUUUCGGUAGGGGCACCAACCCUGUGGAACCUGUUAGAAGCUGCCCAGAGUGGCUGGGGCAGCCCAGUCAGAUAGGAAGGGUAUUUGUUGUUGUUGUUUCUUUGUUUGUUGUUAUUGUUGUUGUUUUGUUUCUGAACACAGAAUAGUAUUAGAACUAGGCUAGAUCCACACUUCCUGAUAGUAUUCUACUUGCCAGUGAUCUUUUAGGUGGGGAGGCAGUCAAAAGUUAUCCCCCCCAUAGCCUGAAAUGGUACAGUCUGUGAUGCACAGAUCCAGCCUGACACUGUUGUCACAAAUACAGAUAAUCAAACCCAAGGAAGAGAGAUUAUUUUCUUAGGUUCAAGGUGGAUGGGGCUUACUUUUGCCAUACCUUCUGCCACACCUAGAAACUGAAAUUUUCAAAGGUACUUCCAGAUGGAGUUAUAUGAAUGGCGGCACACUGAAUUUGCAUGCAUGACAGUCCAAAGGAGGAAUUGUAACGCAGAUCCAAAAUGUUACGUGGUACCUCUUAUUCCACCCACCACCACCACUUUCUCAUUUACAAGCUAUCCAGAUGGGGUACAAGAUGGAGCCAAUUGUUUGAUAUCAUCCUGAAUGUAUAGCAUCUUUUCUGUCCUAUCCACUUGGGCCUAAGAAUGUGUUUCCAUUGUUUUAAUGGGUCCAGUAUAAGAUAUUGUACUCGAUGCUGCUUGUUUUAUUUGAAUUGGCGCUGGUAACUUGCAUAGUUUAUACAUAUAUUUUGAAAACAAACUGUCAGGACAUGAUUCUGAAAUGUAUUUUUCAUUUGUAAUCAAACAGGGACCACACCUGAGUUCAUCUUGGAUUCCACAUUGCCUCAGGCUGUGUUUGACAUCCAGUAAAAAAAAAAAGUGGGCUUCAAAUGGCUAUAAAUUAAGCUUUGGCUUCCUAAAAUAUGCUGUAUCUUGUGCCUGAGUGGUAUAGGGCGGGUAUAUAAGACCCUCGGGUAUAGGGCGGUAUAUAAUUAAUAAUUCAUUCAUUCAUUCAUUCAUUCAUUCAUUAAUACAGUGGUACCUCAGGUUACAUAUGGUUCAGGUUACAGACUCCACUAACCCAGAAAUAGUGCUUCAGGUUAAGAACUUUGCUUCAGGAUGAGAACAGAGAUCGUGCUCUGGUGGCGCGGCAGCAGCAGGAAGCCCCAUUAGCUAAAGUGGUGCUUCAAGUUAAGAACAGUUUCAGGUUAAGUACGGACCUCCGGAACGAAUUAAGUACUUAACCCGAGGUACCACUGUAAUGAGGAACGUUCCUGUGGGCCAGUGAGUAAGGCUGGAUUGUGCUUUUGUUCCAUUGAAAAAAUUAAGGCCCAUAACUUUCUUUUGUACUCAUGAAGCCUUACAACUUCAAUCGGGUGUUGGAAAUAUAAAUGCAGCUGCAGAGCUUGAGUGUAUCAUGUCUUCCAUAUCAAUUAUUUGCUUUGGGAUCUGGAUGCCUAACUCUGGAAAUGAGGACAUGAAGCCCAACUGAACCUACAUUUCUCUCUCUCUUCCUGCUGUUUUGUUAACCAAGAAAAAACUCCCUUUGCUGCAGGCAAGAGGACAGCGUGUGACUUGGUUUAAAUAAAACAUGGUUUCUUUGCUUAAAAUCAUUGCUCAUUAAAAUGGAGAAACUUCAGUGAAACCCUCUCCAAAACAAACUCUGGUUCCCUCAUUGCAGCAUUGUGGCUUUAGAAGUGGGUAACUCAGGAUUUCUAGGUUUGAAAAAGGCCCCCGUUGAAAUCAGUGUUAGUAAAAAUAAAAUAAAAUUGGUCCUCCUUGGGUGAAAAGCCUGAUUCUAAUUCUAAUGUAUUGAUACAGUCUUUAAAGUCUCUUUUCUGGUAGUUUGUGUAUGUAAGCAUUGUGUGAGCUGCCCUCGGCCCAAAUUUCCUAGCGAUGGCGGAGUCCAUCUUUCUGUCUGUGGACUUGUAGAGUAGGGGUCAGCAACCUUUUUCAGCCAUGGACCAGUUCACCGUCCCUCAGAUCAUGUGGUGGGCCGGACUAUAUUUUUUUGGGGGGGGAAAGGAACGAAUUCCCAUGCCCCACAAAUAACCCAGAGAUGCAUUUUAAAUAGAAGGACACAUUCUACUCAUGUAAAAACAUGCUGAUUCCUAGACCGUCUGUGGGCUGUAUUGAGAAGGCGAAUGGGCCGCAUCCAGCCCCCAGGCCUUAGGUUGCCUACCCCUGUGCUAAAGGCAGCAUUUUAAAUUAAAUCAGGAAGCUUUCAUUCUUCUGCCACAAAUCGUAUGCAAUUGACAAGCACAUCUAUGAGCUGAAAAUAAUAAGUUGUGUUCUUUUGCAAUGUGACGUAACUUGCUUGCCAUUCUGAAAACAUGAUGAUUCCCUGAUUUGUAAAAGAAUUAACAGAAAGGUUACUUUAGAAAGCCAGCACGUGUGGUGUCCUAAUCCUGAUCCAACCUCGCUGGAUGUAUAACAGAAACCUCAGUGUCCUUAAGCCAGGGCUGGGCAGCUUUGAGCCUCCAAAUGUUGUUAGUUAAUGGGCUGAGGAACCUUGUGCCCCCUAGAUCUUGUUGGACUACAAAGUGCAUCAUUUCUGACCAUUGGUCAUGCUGGCUGGCGCUGAUGGGAGCUGUAGUGAGACAACAGGUUCCCUACCCUAGCCAUAAGUGAACACAAUGCAGCAUUUGUAGCAGUGACAACCUCGUGUCUUGCAGGCAGUGACCAUUAUAGGUACGUCCAAUUGAUGUGCAAACACGUGAGUCCUUUCGGUGUAUGUUUGCACACCCCGUAUCUUGCAGUAGCAAAAACGUUUUUUAUUGACUCAUGGUCAAAUAAGUUUUCUUAGCCUUGUGUCUUCCCCGGAUCACCAGUAGAUGGUGCUAUUGUAUCCUUCUCUGAGACACGUUCGCUCUAUUAACCUUAUUGAUUUGUAACCCAUGGUCCCUUUCUAAGGGGCUGUUCAGACUUCUAAGGGGCUUUUUAGUGGCUUUUUAGCAGUGUUGAGUACUUCUGUGGCCUUGCACAAGGAAGUCUGGAGUGUCUUCUUAGAAUCUUGGUGCAACACCCAUGUAUUUAUUCUCUUGAGCCAAAAGGCUCCUAGAGCAGCUUGGAAGUCAAUAAAAAUCUAAACACAUGGCCUUAAAAUUCUAAUGGAAAAAGGAAUGGAGCGGGAGAAAGGAAACAAGCAAAUUUGGGUACCACUUCUUAAAGUUACAUUUCUUUUAACAACCAACAGGGAUGGCACUAGUUUAGGUACCUUGGUGGAAUGCCCAUUCCUAGGUGACAGUUGAGGAAGAACCAAUUUCAGGAAAAAUACUAUAUUAGUUGCUUUCCAUUGCUGCUCAUCUAUCAAUAGGGAUAUCUCGUAUGAAAUGUUCCUUACUGUCCUCGGUUCAUUCCUUUGCAUUUCUGACCUCCUAGUUAAUUACUUUGAUGGGCUCUUCUUGCCGUAGGCUGCUGUCAAAGAGAUGAUUUAAAUGCCUGACCACUGAAAUAAAUUCCAGUCUGUUUUGCUAUGCAGGGUGCCUUUCUGUGAAAUGCCAGGCUUCCUACGUGCAGGCUUUGAGAAGGCCUAUGAAAGGACCUCAUGCAGUUUUCAUGCUAGCUUGAAACUUGGUUAUUUCUUAGCUGAAUCAUUUUGCUGUUAACUCCGUGUUCUUGCUGUGCUUUUUGGGUAACUCAGAGUAAGUGGGUACAGUAUCUGGGACCCACGCCUUUCCUUUGAAAGGAUACCUGCCCUGUGCAGGUCUACUGUUUUCAGUGAGGUGUACUUCCUUGUAGACUUGUUUAGGAUUGCAGCCUCAAAUUUUGAAGAUUUAUCCUUUCACUCCUGUUUAGAUGAGUAGCUUUAGAGAGAGAAAAAAUUUAAGUGCCUGGGGACAGCCUAGUGGCAGCCCGGGGUUUCUGUUUUGCCCUCCUUGAAAUAGACUUCAGGCUGAUUUGAAGGGCUCGUUAAGUAGCAGAAAAGUGAUGAAGGAACAUCUUUGGGCAUGUGUGAUGAGGGCUAUUGCUGCAGGUAGGACUCAUGCCCUGUAUGCAGGUUCAACCCUUGACAUAUCUAACUUAAAGGAGUAGGUAGCAGAUGAUGGCAAAUCCCUUUUCCAAACAUCUUGGAGAAUGUCUCCUGCCAGCUUUGGGUAUAACUUUGACAAACUUCACCACACCCUGGCUCCGCCAUGCAUUUGCUGUCCUGUCCAUAUAUGAAAUCUCCUGCAUGUCUAAUACGGUUCCUAAACCACUGUAAUAAAAACCUUUAGCAGCAUGCAAACUCAAAAUAUGUCAGGUCCCAGGUGGUUUGAGAGAGCAAAGUCAUUGUCAAUAGUAUAAAGAACUUUUCCUAAAACACAAAAAUGCAUAUUGGGGGCUAUUCAGGAUGUUUGCUUUUUGAAAGAAAAAUCUGCAUUAAAAAUAAUUAACCAGGCAUUAUGUGCUAAAUGCUGAAUUCUGUCAGCUGAUAGUAUUUAUGCAUGCCAGGUUGUUGUUUUUUACAUGCGUUUGCUCAGUUUGCAUCUUCCAAAGAGCAUCUCUUAAGUGUUUGCAGAAUCUUUUGAUUCGGCUUAGUGGAUUCUGCUUACUGGUGGUCUCUGCUGCCAGAGCUAAACGUGGAGCCCCGUGUUUGCAGAGUCUGGAGUAUUUUAGUAAUGUGCAAGAAGAAAUGAAGAUGGAGCAGUAAAACGGCCUGCCAGGAAGCAAUGUGGGAAGAACAGAACUCUGCAGGCUAACACCACUCCAGAAUGCUGAAAUCACUUUACACAUGUUACGUAGAUCUGCAACUAUUUGCAUCAAAUCAUGAAUUUGGGAAGGCACCUUUUUUUUUAAAAAAAGAAGGAGGUAAAUGAAGAUUCUCGGGAAUUCCAAGUUCUGUGCCAUAUACACAGAGUGAAUGAAUGAAAUCACGAGGGACAGCAACUCUAGGCUUCAACUUUGAGCCUUGAUAGUCAAGCUGACUCCCCCUUUCUGCUGAGGAAAAGACAGUGCUUUGUUUGAUGUCCUAUGGUGCUCAAGUCCAGGCAACUUAGGAUGAAGAAGUCCCUGCUGCCCUCCUCAGCUCUGCUCUGCUCCGAGUUUCACGCACUCAGAAAAGCAGCAAGGAAUCUCACUGCUUCCCAUGCAUCUGCACGGCUCUACAUACUGUCUGGGAAAGUCAUUUCUCUCCUCCAAACUCAGGAGAAGGAUGCCAAUUCUCCCCAACACUGUGCUCACCAGUGGCACAUCGUACCUGUGGACUCUUGGGCUGGAGGAGGAGAAAGAACGAUAGAUACAAAUGAGCAUGGCUUUUGAAAGGAGAUGAACACCAGAUUUGUUGGUGUUUAUGUUUGGUUUAAAUAAAUAAUUUAAAAAAAAGCUUUCACCACCACCCCAUGACACAUUGAAGCAAAAAUAGAACAAGGCGGAACACAUAGACGCACCCAUCAUCCCCACUACCAUCAGCUAAGUAUGAGCAAUGCUGAACCCUUUAUUUAAAAGCUGACGUUUCCCAACCCUCUACUCCUACAGUUUCAACAGUUUUGAUUUUUUGGCCACUGCUGCGGUUUUCUGCUCUUAUUUAGGUGGCCGGCAUGGCAGGUGGUUUGUAUUGCCAUGAUUGUUCUUCCUAGGGUCUGUCUUCUGGGUAGACAUCCUUCUUGCCCUCUGUCUCCAGCACAGGCAUGAUUGAUUCCCAGAAAUGCAUUCCCUGAAUGUCUGUAAGGUGCCAACAGCAGCUCAUUCCCCUAAGGCAUGGGUAGCCCGAUGUUAUUGGACCUCUGCUCCCAUUAUCCCUGAUCAUCUGCUGUACUGGCUGGGGAUGAUAGGAGCUGGGGUCCCAACGUCUUCCAGAGGGCGCCAAGUUGGCUAUCACUGUCCUAAAGCACCCUGGGUACUUUCUGCUUGUUCUGAAGAUGCUUCUUAACAAACAAGCUUGCCACCCUGCAUCUGUCCAGUUCUAGAUUUACCCCCCCCCCCCCCAAUAUUCUGAUGUUUCUUACAGUAGCUUUGCUUUGCAAUUUCUGGUACCGUUGAGGCUUGUCAGCUCCCAAUCUGCCACUUGCACGUUUCUGCUUUUGCUUGUGGGUCUGCAAAAACCCAUGACUUUUCCUCUCUGGUCACCCAUGAGUGUGACGAGAGAUGAAAGUGGGUGGACCAGUAGAUGUGACUCUUUUGUGCAGUAGGCUGCAUUCCAGCCAUCCAAAAGCCCGAAGUUUCUCUCUUAUCUUUCAUCCAGGCAAGCGAGAGACACAAUCACAAUUAAGUGUGCAGCUACAUUCCAGCAAGUCAAAGCCCUUGAGCAGGGUGCAAAGCAGAGGUGAGGAUGGUGGGGCCUGUAGGGGCAUGACCUAAGGAGACUAUUGAGGCUAGGGCCUGAGGCUUCCUACCUCUGUGCUAGAGGAAUUCCACUUCUUUGAAAAUGAGUCUUCAAGCUUUUUAAACUGACAUUCAGAUCAAGCCUGCAGUGCAGUCUGGGACCCACUUCUUUGGUGAACUUGGAGAUGGAUACUUGCGAGUAUUUUCCCUCAUUGAUGACCAAACCCUGAGCAUGGCUUAAUUAAUGUGUGGAACUUACAAGCCCUAAGCUGUUGGAGAGUGAUGAAUGAAUUCUUUAUUUUGUUUAGGCUGCACAUACAUAACCAUAUCUGGAAUUUAAAACACCAGUGGUGAUCUUCUGCAGUUGUCCAGUUAGCUCUUUUUCCCCAGUUGUUGGUGGAGUGCAGUAAUAAGGUAGAACCCAGCACAGCAGUCAAGUGACACGAGCAGUGCAUAUAUAAUAAAGGCCAGAUCCUAAUUUUCUAAAUACUGAGGCAGUUGCAAGUGGAAAACAUGCUCCUUACCGCAAUUACUAUCUCACUGUCCAGAAAUGUGUCCUCCAGAAAGGAGGACCUCUUUCCCUGGCAACAUUCAGUUCCCAAAACUGCAACCAUCAGCCUUCCUGCUUUAUCAAGAUUUGUACUGCUCCAAUCACAGCAUCAAAAUACCUCCUUGGGAACGACACUCUUUUUAUAAUUUUUUUUUUUUUUGCAUUUUCUAUUUUACAUUUACAAGCAAAAUAAAAACAUAAAUAUAUAAUCCCAUUUGACUCCCCCCCCCCAAUUGUGGAUCUUAAUUUAACGAUUUUUCCCUCUGCAUUUCUUUAAUAACUCUAUUCUUAUAAAUCCUUUAUCAUUCCAUAGUUCUAAUUUUUACUAUAUGUGUUCUGUCAAUCCUACCAAUGUGUGUAACUGUUUACAAUAGUUUUUCAAAUAGAUUAUAAAUUUUCCCCAUUCUUUAUUAAAGACCGCCUCUUCCUGGUUUCUAAUUCUUCCUGUAAGUUUUGCCAUCUCAGCAUAGUUAAUCAAUUUUAUCUGCCACUUUUCCUUGGUUGGAGUUGUACCAUCUUUCCAUUUCUGGGCUAACAGAAUCCACACAGCCAUGGUCGCGUACAUGAAUAGUUUCAACUGGUCCUUCAGGAUCUCUGGACCUAUAAUACCUAAGAGAAAAGCUUCUGGUUUCUUAGGAAAAGUUGUUUUCAACAUUUUUUUCCAAUUCAUUAUAUACCGUUUCCCAGAAGUCCUUUAUCAUCUUACAUGAUCAUCACAUGUGGUAAAAAGUACCCUCUUUCUCUUUACAUUUCCAGCAUGUUUUAGAUUUUGAUUUAUACAUUUUAGCUAAUUAACUAGUAGUUAAAUACCAAUGAUACAUUGUUUUCAUAUACCACAUUUUUCCGUGUAUAACACGCCUCUAUGUAUAAGACGCCCCCUAUUUUUGGGGACUCCAAAUUAAGAAAAUGGGAAAUUGCCCAGAGUUGUUGAGCUUUUUAUUGGGGGGGGUUGGCCCAGAGUUGUUGAGCUUAUUUUAGGGGGGAUUGCCAAAAAUCACUCAUCAGGAUCACACGUCUGUCAAUAAUUUAUUCUUGGUUUCUUCCCCUUCUAGAUAAAUCUUGUAAUAUCUUUCUGCCCUUCUUUAAAGCAUCUUGUAUUGCAGAUCACUGGUAUUGUUUGAAACAGAAAUAACAUUUUUGGUAGCAAAUUCAUUUUUAUACAGAUAUCUGCCCCAUAAGUGACAAGUUCAUCCCUCCCCAAUUUCUAGGCUUUUCUUAAUACCUAGAAGUAAGAAAUGAUAAACAAGCAGCACUGAUGUUUAUAGAUGCAGAGAAGGCCUUUGAUAACAUGUCAUGGACUUUAAUACAAAAACUUUAGAAAGAGAGAGAGAGACAUGCUUGAAAGCGAUUGAGGCAAUUUAUUCUAACGAAUAUGCUAUGCUGAUAGUGAAUAAUGUCUUAACAGAAAAAUUUAAGAUAACUAAGGGGACAAGACAAGGCUGUCCCCUGUCCCAGUUAUUGUUUAUAUUGGUUUUAGAGGUUCUGGCUAGAAGAAUUAGAGCUGAUGAAGAGAUUAAAGGGAGAGCAGUGGAGCAGAGAGCAUAUAAACUUAAGGCAUUUGCUGAUGAUGUGGUGAUAUCUGUAGAGGAACCUAUGGCCAGUGUACCAAGGGUUCUAGAACAAAUAUUUGAAUUUGGAGAGGUAGCAGGUUUUAAACUUAACAAAAAUAAGAUGAAAAUUAUUGUAAAAAAUAUGAGCGACCAGAUAAAAAAAUGAUCUACAAUUAUCGCAAUCUCUUCCCAAAGUUUAAUGUACAGUAUAUUUUAAACCGUGUGGUGUCAAAAGUGACCUUUGCAGUGGCCCACAAGGAACUUCCCCAAUACCACACCGUGGAAACCAUAAUCAUAACCUACAUAAACGGUAUCACAGAAUCUGAUGGUCAUUGGUACCAAAUGGUAUAAGGGUCCCUGGAAAAUAAGAGAGCUGCUCUAUUUAUUUAUUGCAUUUAUAUCCCACCUUUUUCUCAAGGAGCUGAAGGAGGUGUACAUGGUUCUCCCCCUCCUCGAUUAAUCCUCACAGCAACCCUGUGAGGUAGGUUAGGCUGAGAGGAGGUGACUGGCCCAAGACAACCCAGUGAGCUUCACAACUUUUCUCCUGACUUCUGAAGCACUUAAUCUGCCAAAGCAAUUUCAGUCCUGAAACUUGGUUAGAAACUAGACUGGAAUGCAUAAAGAAACCUUGAGUCUAGACAUGCCCAGAGUUACACAGCCACUGCCCACCUCUUUGCUAGCAUAAAGGAAGGAGGAUAACACUGGGUAACAGCUGGUAAUAUCUAAAGCGGGCUUCCUCAUCCUCGGCCCUCCAGAUGUUUUGAGACUACAAUUCCCAGCAUCCCUGACCACUGGUCCUGCUAGCUAGGGAUCAUGGAAGUUGUAGACCAAAAACAUCUGGAGGGCUGAGGUUGAGGAAGCCUGAUCUAAAGUCUCAGAAGGUUUCCUCUUACUACUGUCCCGUUUAAAGGAGGAUAAUAUGUUGUUGUUGUUUAGUCGUAUCCGACUCUUCGUGACCCCAUGGACCAGAGCACGCCAGGCACUCCUGUCUUCCACUGCCUCCCGCAGCUUGGUCAAACUCAUGUUUGUAGCUUUGAGAACACUGUUCAACCAUCUUGUUCUGUUGUCCCCUUCUUCUUGUGCCCUUAAUCUUUCCCAACAUCAGGGUCUUUUCCAGGGAGUGUUCUCAUGAGGUGGCCAAAGUAUUGGAGCCUCAGCUUCAGGAUCUGUCCUUCCAGUGAGCACUCAGGGCUGAUUUCCUUAAGAAUGGAUACGUUUGAUCUUCUUGCAGUCCAUGGGACUCUCAAGAGUCUCCUCCAGCACCAUAAUUCAAAAGCAUCAAUUCUUCGGCGAUCAGCCUUCUUUAUGGUCCAGCUCUCACUUCCAUACUGGGAAAACCAUAGCUUCUCACUUCACUACUGGGAAAACCAUAGCUUUAACUAUACAGACCAUAGCUUUAACUAUACGGAGGAUAAUAUAUCCUUCCUUAAAAGGGGUCCUAGCAUGUAGUUAUAAAGGGAACAAAUAACAGGCCACACAGUUCUCUAAGCAUCUUGUCUACAGGUUACCGUAGCUGAAAGUGAUUCAUGCAACAGUACUUAGCUGAGGGCCCAGAUGUUUCAGUCAUGGGACAUAAAAUCAAAGUGGAAUCUUAAGCUGGAGCACAUGCAAGCAUUUUUUCUUUGCUAGGGUGCACAGUUGUACUGCCCUCACUGCAGGAAAUAUGUCUUUACAUAGGCUCUAAGUAGGACUGCCAACUGUGUGUGUGUGUGUUGAUCAUGAGCCUUUUUAAUGCGUUGCAUUUUCAGGAAAUGUGCAUGCCAUCAAAACCUCAGUACAUAUUGCUUUUAGAUAUACUAAAGAAAACGUAAGCAAAGUUGACAGUUUAAUAACCAAAAGACAUGGUGAUCUUUAAUACUGUGGUUAAAGUAAUCAUACAAGAACCCUAAAAAAUAAAUGUGUCUUUACACACUUGAUAAUCAGCCAUACUGUGGCUACAUUUCACCCUCAUCAAUUCAUCAGCUGAUUUAGUUGAUUGCCAACUAAACCGAAUAAAGCAGGCAGCCCUAGCUGUCAACUACAGUUGGUUGAAUUUGCCUUUGCAGACCUCACUGCUUCAUCUCCCAUAAUCCUUCAGUAAAACUUGAGCUAAGACAUGUCAGGGUGAACAUGUCAGUUGACCAAGCCAUUUCCCUACUUUAGAGAGAGAGUCUAGGCCUUUGGAAGAAUAGCCUCUGGAAAUUAACAGAAUCCAUCAGCUUCUUGGUGCAAACAAUGCUAAUAUCUUCUUUCUCCUUGCUUCCUGCAGAAACUUGAAAUCAUUCUAAUCCAAGCCUUUGAACAUGGUGAAAAAUCCUAGAUAUAAUGACAAAUAAGCCAAUGGGACUAAAUAACUCUGAAUUCUAAUUUCAGAGGGACCACACAUGCAUAUCUUGUCCCCUGUGCUUAAGGAAAUAAUAUUUUAGUGCCCUCUGUGGGGUUUUAUAGGUCAGAACUAGCAACUAGAUACAUGUCUGAAAAUCAACAGAAAGGCAGGACUGGCAGAUGGUGAAGACCUGAUGUGGGUGCCAUGUGCUCCUGAUUUGUCAGGAGGCAGACUGUUGUGUUCAACACUAACUGAAGCUUCUCAAAGUCAUCCAGGCUUUAAAGAGUAUUAGUCCGUUUAUCCUCCUGAAAUCCAUUACACUUACCAGGAAAGAGAGAGAGCGAGUAUUGUAAAUCUGAUAGCUUCCCCCUGCUUCUCUGUUCUAUUUGUCCUCCAGCCCUUUUGGCUCCUGUAGUCUCUAGGCAUUUUAGGAAGCUGGAAUCAGCCACGUUUGUUCUAUGCUGCCAUAACAACUGUCUCCAUGGAAAUGGAGCUCCAAUGAGGGAACUUUUGCAAAGUCUGUUCCAGCACCCUCCUUAUCCUUGCUCCAUUUCAGAACCCAUUUUAAAAUUAAAACAAAAUGUUGCCAGCCACCAGCAGACUUUCCCCCCCAAUUCUCCCACUUCUUUCUUUCUUUCUAAGCUGAAACUGCACCACACGAGUCGGGCCUCAUCCCUUCGCCUGGAUGCCCGGCACGGCAAUCUUGAUGUACUUCCUCUGAGCUGAGCAGUGUGCUGGGCGAAUCUAUCAGACUGGAUUUUACUGUUGCAAAGUAAGAGUAAGAGCUUGCAUCUGCACUCUGCCCCGGGUUCCGCAGUAACAUAAUUGUGCAGUCACCUUCAGUUUCUUAACGGGAUGCACCCAUUUUUCAUCCCUAGUGAUCAGCACGAGCCACUUAAGUUGCCUGUUAGAGGGAUUGAUGCAUGUGGAUUGUCGAUUAGAGGUCAAUUUGAUGGCCUGUUUUGGUAAUCCUUGCAUUUUGUGAAUGCCUUAUCAAAGCGGAUUUAUGUAUCACUAUAAUAGUAAGUCUUACGGUCCAUGGGGUCUCUGCCAUGGGAGCAUAUUCACCCAGUGCUUUUCCAGCUGCACUGGCUCCCGGUGGAGUACAGGGUCAGAUUUAAGGUGCUGCUUUUGACCUUUAAAGCCCUUCACGGCCUAGGGCCCUCGUACCUACGGGACCGCCUCUCCUGGUAUGCCCCACGGAGAGCCUCAAGGUCCAUAAACAGCAACACCCUAGUCGUCCCGGGCCCUAAGGAAGUUAGAUUAGCUUCAACCAGAGCCAGGGCCUUUUCAACUCUGGCUCCGGUCUGGUGGAACGCUCUGCCUCACGAGACCAGGGCCCUGCAGGAUCUGAUUUCUUUCCGCAGGGCCUGUUAGACAGAGUUGUUCCGCCUUGCCUUUGGCUUGAAACCAAUUUGAUUCCCUCCCCCUCUUUCUUUUUUUCUUUUCCUUUCUCCUCCUGAGAUGAGGCUACAUUUUAAUAUUUUAAUGUUUCAAUAUUUUAAUGUUGUAUUUUAAUUUUGUUUUUAAGCUGUAUUCAUUCCAACUUGUUUUUAUUAUUGCUUGUUAGCCACCCUGAGCCCAGCCUUGGCUGGGGAGGGCGGGGUAUAAAUAAAAAUUAUUAUUAUUAUUAUUAGUGGACGCUGAGGGUGGAAAACUAGGGUUUCUAUUAGCUUUCCUUGGGAGAAGGCAAAGACUUGGCUGCCGAAGGAACAAUUGGGAGUCCUAAAACGCGCUCCCAGUUGUUAUUUGGCAAGUGAGGCUUGCUGUUGGCACUGAUCAUCGGUGACAGCAAGCCCCGAUAGGUGCAAGUGGAUCCCUGCUCCAAACAAGUUUUCCUGAUAGCACUGAUUGGUUCUUACAGCAAGCCCUAUUGGGUUACUGAUGUCAUGGUGACAUUAGAUGGGUGCCCCUGUUGUAGCCUAUUGCUACAAGGGAGAAACUGCUGGAACCACAAAGGACAAGCUUCCCCAACCUGCCUUGCCCCACUGCCCUGCCUGGGACCCUUAUAAAGAGAAAGUGCUACUUACAUUUUCCCUCUUGCUCGCUCAACAUUUUUCUGGGGAGAUGCUCUUCGUCUUUUUGGAAGGAACAAGAACGCAUUUGGCUUUUGAAAUGUUAAGGUUUUGUUUUGAAUCUGUAUCAUCUAUAUUGUUUGCAAUCUGAAGAAGUGUACAUGCACACGAAAGCUCAUACCAAGAACAAACUUAGUUGGUUUCUAAGGUGCUACUGGACAAUUUUUAAUUUUUAAAAAUAUAUUUCUACUGUGUCAGACCAACACGGCUACCUACCUGAACUGUUUGCAAGUACAUUUCUUUGUAAGCUGCCUUGGGGGCUUUUCUUGGGGUAAAUAGGCAGCAUAUAAAUACAGUGCAAUGAAAAAGUAUAAUUUGAAAACUAUGUUAGCCCUAUCAUGGAAAGUGUGAAUCCGAUCCAAGUAACCAAAGCAAAUGGAGCGCCAAUGAAAAUUUGGUCAUUGCUAUUGUCUGAGUAAGGGACGCGGGUGGUGCUGUGGGUUAAACCACAGCCUAGGCCUUGCCAACCAGAAGGUCGGCAGUUCGAAUCCCCGUGACUGGGUGAGCUCCCGUUGCUCGGUCCCUGCUCCUGCCAACCUAGCAGUUCAAAAGCACGUCAAAGUGCAAGUAGAUAAAUAGGUACCGCUCUGGCGGGAAGGUAAACGGCGUUUCUGUGCGCUGCUCUGGUUCACCAGAAGUGGCUUUGUCAUGCUGGCCACAUGACCCGGAAGCUGUACGCCGGCUCCCUUGGCCAAUAAAGCGAGAUGAGCACCGCAACCCCAGAGUCGGCCACGACUGGACCUAAUGGUCAGGGGUCCCUUUACCUUUACCUAUUGUCUGAGCAUAUAAAUUGACUCAGCAAUUCAGGAUCUGAGAGGCCUCUCUUCUCCUCCCAGCCCACCACUUAAUCGUCUCUCCUAAACUACAGGGCCCCAAAAUCUUUAGGGAAGAUGAUUUAACUCUGAUCAUUUUAGCUGCCCUUUUCAAGCUGAAAUGUCUAUUUUGAGAUGGGGAUAACCAGAAUUGUACACAGUAUUCUAGCUAGGCCUGCACUGCAAUGGCAAGGUGCAUGAUGUUAUUUCUGCUCCUUUCCUAAUAAUUCCUUACACUGAUUCUGCCCUUUUCACUGGUGCAGCACAGUGAGUUGACAUUUUUAGCGAACUUUCCACUAUGACAAAGAACGUUCCUGGAUAUUCAGAGCCAAUUAUACAUUGUCAGUAGAAAGGUAAAAUUAGGGUGCUGUACUUCCAGCUGCCGUUCUGUUGCCUAGUCACCUAGUUUGACUCUUUUGGAGGUUUUACCAUCUGUUUGAGUUUCUGCCAUCCAGAAUUUGAUGUUUCCUGCAACUUGACUACCCUGCUGUUCAGUCAUAUCAUUUUAAGGGCAAGCAAUGCCCAAACAUUUCCCCGGCCUGCUGCAAACUUUUUAAUGUUUGUUCUUCUAAAGUUAGAGGAUUGAUUGGUGCUCGUGAGCUUCUUCGUUCUUAAAUACUUCGAGUUUCAAGCUCCCUGAUUUAUAUUUAUAGUCCCCUAGUUUAUCUUGUAUUUCUUGUGUCGACAAGAGUUUGUUAUUUUUGUAGAAGUCUGGUAGGCAGUAUAGGCCUUUGGCUUGCCAAGUUUUGUGCUGUGUGAUGGAAUAGUGGGGGGGUGAAACUGUUGAGGGGGGGUUAAUGGGGAUGGGGUUGUGGGGGCAGUUUGCCUGUUUUUCCUUCCAUGCUUUAAGAAUGGACUGUGUGAACCUGUUUAGUGUUAUGGAGAUGUUCCUUAGGUAUACCUUUGUUUUGACCUGUGGGAGCGCUUUGGGAGGUGGGGCAGGGCGAGAAGAGAGGCUUGUUCUGUGAAAACUGAGAUUGCUUCUAUAUCCUGGAACUGCGUGAUACCAGGCCAAGGAGUGUGUGCACCUACUUUCCAGUGACUUGGAAAGGGCAGCACUGAGUGCCGGCCAUGCCAUUCCGAUCUUCUGUCGCAAUGGCUCAUGUGUCACCCUGUUCAGCAAACUCAAAUAGUAGAAGUAAAUCCAGUUGUCAUAAAAAAGUAAUAAAUUGUGUAAAGUUAGUGCUGCCUGCCUAUUUUUUCCCCCCCAGAGUUCACUGUCCUCCAUUGUCCUGUCCCUGUUUUUAAGCAUUUGCCUCUUGUUGUUUUUCCACAUUACCAUGACUGACCGCAGCUGUCCUUUUGCUUAGUCUAUUUUUAACCUUUUUCUUUUGUCUGGAGGCUACCCAAAGCUAGACAGAAUUGAGUGGGGAGGGGGGCAUUUAGUGUGAUUGAGUCCCAUGAUGUGAAAUGCAAAUUCUCCCCCCCCCCCCGCAGCCCCCCACAAAAUUGGCAAUGCUUUACUUUCUGGCACUGGAGGCAACUAAAGGGUGACUUGCUAGUCUUAGCUCUCUGGAGAAGCCACUCGGGCCAUUUUAAUACAAAUGUUAUUAGUGGCACAACAGCUGGCACUCCUCAGUUUAACCUAGCAGAUUUGUCAUCCUUAUGGAUUAGCAUGAUGGAAAAUGCAAGGUAAAUAUUGGGGGAGGGGCUGGGGGUCAGGAGAGGGAAAGUUUUUUCAUGCUGUUUUCCCUGUUAUCUAAUAGAGGUAAAGGCAAAAGGUAAAGGAUCCCAGGACGGUUAAGUCCAGUCAGAUUCAACUAUGAGGUGCGGCGAUCAUCUCUGCUUUCAGGCCAAUGGAGCUGAUGUUUGUCUGCAGACAGCACUUCCAGGUCAUGUGGCCAACAUGACUAAACCAAUUCUGACGCAAUGGGACACUGUGAUUAGUGCCAGAGCGCACAGAAAUGCUGUUUACCUUCCCACCGCAGUGGUACCUAUAUAUCUACUUGGUACUGGCAUUCUUUCAAACUGCUAGGUUGGCAGGAGCUGGGACAGAACAACAGAAGCUCACCCCGUCACGUGGAUUCGAACUGUCGACCUUGCGACCAGCAAGCCCAAGAGACCACAGCACUACCCAUGCCAUAUCGGAGUGAAAAGGAUAUCCUAGGGUUGAUAUAAAGGCAUGUGGACUUGUCCACUGAGGCUCCUGGAGCUCUUCUUGGGUGCAUAAGAGUAGACCUUAGCACCAUUUUAGGCUUUCGCUUGCAGCUUGUCCCUGUUUUUGUUUGUUUGCUUUUCUUUGGUCUUUGACUUUUCUUCCGUUCAUCCAUUUUAAUAGCCAGCUUCUUACUCUCUUCUCCCAGGAAACAGGAGCAGUUCCAGGCAAAUCCUGACAGUUACAAUGGAGCAGUGCGGGAGAAUUACGCCUGGUCCCAAGACUACAGUGAUCUGGAGAUUAAAGUCCCAGUGCCCAAGCACAUUCUGAAAGGCAAGCAGGUAAUACGAAUGAGGAACUGGGUUGUUGGGUGGUCCACUGUGGGUGAGAAUCUCUCCCAAUAUCUUGCCUGCAUGGGACAGAGAUGCUGGUCUGGGUCAGUACAAGCGUACUUUAUGCUGUAGUUGUCUCUAUCUGUCCACCAGAGGGCCACACCAAAUUGCCUUUCGACUGCAGCAGAAUGCAGGCAUGUAGCUGAGAGGCCUGCAGAAAACAGCUGUUAGCAGGGCGCUCCUUGUUCUGCAUGUUCUUCUCCAUACUUAACCAAACACUUCAGAGCUCUGCUUCUGAUCUAUCAGCAGAACGUUUCGCACAUUUUUUGCUCUCCCCUCCGCAAAAAAUUCUCUGCACAGUUAUGCAAAAUAGACCUGUACCUAAACAAAUUUAGAGAUCCAAAAGAAAAGAAGGGUCCAUUCCUCAGUGGUAGAACAAAUGGCAACCGCUGGCAUCACCAGUUAGCAGAAUCUGGGAGCAGGCGAUGGGAAAGACCUCCUUUUGCCUGACACCCAGGAGAGCGCGACUGCCAGCUAGCAUUGGCAAUAGCGUGUGGAUGUUGCUGGACAGAAUAGGAAAGCCCUAGUCUUUAGUUUGCAGUAGUCUUAAAAUUGAAUCAGGGAGACCACCUUCAUGACCACCUGCAAUUUUUGCACCCAUAAAUAUUACAUUUGAAUUGCCUUGGGACAACUACCCAAGGUCCCCCCCCCCCCUUUUGUUUCUGGCUUGUUCACACAGAUUCAUCCCUCCUUGAAUGUGUAAAGUGAAUUGAAAGUCACUGCACUGUGGCCAGGUCCUGAUUCGCUUCUUUUAUCUAAGGAAAAAUGACCGUAGGAUUAUCAUCUCCGCCGGCUGGCUGUCAUUUCUCUAUAAAACCACAGUGCAAGAGCCCAACUUGAUCAGCAAAGUGUACCUUUUACAUGAUUAUCACCUCAGUGUUGUUGAUCUAAGAUAUCAAACCAUUAUUGUGUAAACAGCCUCAUUGAUGUUGAGAUGGUUUUUCCUGGGGGAUGUUAUUUUCCAGGAUUCCUUUUCUGCUGUGUUCCCUGGGACUCAUGCCUUGUGGAGUGUGAAGUAUUUUUAAUUGUUGCUUGCUGGAGAAUCUUCUGCUUCUGCAAGCAAAGACUGUUUGCAGGGUGCAUGCAGAUAGAGACAGUAUCUGCUGCUGAAGCACGUAGCAAAUGCAGGCAUAUAUUUUUUCUCCAUGUGGUUUCCUUGGUCUAAGCAUGCUUCGCUAUCCAACUUUCUCCUUGGAAGGCAGGCCAGCAUCACUAAACCUCAUGUGAUCACCUUGCUGUGGAGAAGCCCAAGGUGUUUAUGUUAAGCCUGAUGGUUGCAGAAAAGAAAACUAACUUUCCUUCACAGGUUCAUCUUUCCUCCCUGUUCAUUUAGUAGUUUGUAACAUUAAGGGCUCCCAGGUGGUGACGGUGGAAAUUCCGCACCCUUUUAAUUCUCAUUCUCUCUCUCUCUCUCUCUCUCUCUCUCUCUCUCUCUCUCUGCCUCAGCACACAGGCACACACACACACACAAUAUUUUUUCCCCUGGACAGAAGAAUGAUGUAAUUUAUUUUGUCAGUCUGAGAGAGGCAUAUCUCUACUGCAGCCCCAUUAUUGAGGGGGAGGUACACAGACGGACUUACUGACUGAAGUGGUUAGAGUGAGGGCUUAUUUUCACUUCCUGCUAUCAGAGAAGCUGUUAAAAGAAGGGAGGGGAGGAGUGAUAUUUUGUGUGUGCGUGUGUUUUUCCAUCUGGAAAAAAGGCUUGUUUUUCUUCCCCUCGGUUUAUUCAGGGCAGCUGAAUUGAGCACACUUAGUUUUGUACAUCAGCUUCAACCUACACAGCUCUUUGUCAUGUCAGAAUAGCCCUGUUGUUGCAGGAGCAUUAAUUGACACUGACAGUACAGACCUAGGGGUAAGAGUUGAUAGCACACUUAACAGUAACUGGGCAGCUCGUUGAGGAAGCUCAAAAUGCAUUUUUUUUUUUAUUAUAAGAUAUUUAUUAAGAUUUUCAAAAUAUUACAAAAUAAAAAUAAAAAAGAAGAAAAUACAAAAUAAAAAUGGUUAAAAACAACUCAAUCUUUCCAUUACUUAUUUUUCAUUAGCUUGUUUCCUGGACCUCCUCAUGCCUCCCUUUUUUGUAUUCCAGUUCGGUUUGUUGGUUCAGCAAAUUCUUACCCUCUUUGUUUAUCCUAGUCUUUAAUCUUAAAAUAUUGUAACGUUAAAUUUUUACCUAUUAAUAAUCCAUUUUUCAUAUUCCCUUAUAGUAUUACAGCUGAAAACCACUUGAUUUCUAUCCAACAUCAUUCUAACAUUCAUUAAUUUUACAAUAUUUCUGUAGAUAGUCUUUAAAUUUCUUCCAAUCUUCUUCCACCGACUCUUCUCCCUGGUCUCGGAUUCUGCCAGUCAUUUCCGCCAGUUCCAUAUAGUCCAUCACCUUCAUCUGCCAUUCUUCCAGAGUGGGUAGGUCUUGUGUCUUCCAAUACUUCGCGAUGAGUAUUCUUGCUGCUGUUGUUGCAUACAUAAAAAAAGUUCUAUCCUUCUUUGGCACCAAUUGGCCGACUAUGCCCAGGAGAAAGGCCUCUGGUUUCUUAGGGAAGGUAUAUUUAAAUACCUUUUUCAAUUCAUUAUAGAUCAUCUCCCAGAAAGCCUUAAUCCUUGGGCACGUCCACCAAAGGUGAAAGAAUGUACCUUCAGUUUCUUUACAUUUCCAACAUUUAUUAUCGGGCAAAUGAUAGAUUUUUGCAAGCUUGACUGGGGUCAUGUACCACCUGUAUAUCAUUUUCAUAAUAUUCUCUCUUAAGGCAUUGCAUGCCGUAAACUUCAUACCUGUGGUCCAUAACUGUUCCCAGUCAGCCAUCAUUAUGUUAUGUCCAACAUCUUGUGCCCAUUUAAUCAUAGCAGAUUUCACCGUUUCAUCCUGAGUAUUCCAUUUCAACAGCAAGUUAUACAUUCUUGACAAAUUCUUAGUUUUGGGUUCUAACAGUUCUGUUUCCAAUUUUGAUUUUUCCACCUGGAAGCCAAUUUUCUUGUCCAAAUUAUAUGCCUCCAUUAUCUGAUAAUAAUGAAGCCAGUCUCGCACUUUAUUUUUUAAUUUUUCAAAACUCUGUAAUUUCAGUCUAUCUCCAUCUUGUUCCAAAAUUUCCCAAUAUUUUGGCCAUUUGGCCUCAAUAUUGAGCCUUUUCAGAGCUUUCGCUUCCAUCGGUGACAGCCACCUUGGGGUUUUAUUUUCCAAUAAAUCCUUGUAUCUUAUCCAUACAUUAAACAAUGCUUUCCUGACAAUAUGAUUCUUGAAUGCUUUAUGUGCUUUGACCUUAUCAUACCACAGAUAUGCAUGCCCAAAAUGCAAUUUAUUUAUCAUCCUUACGACAAAGCAAAAUUUCAGAAUGUCGGCCUAGAUGUUGAAGCGUGGCAGGGGGUGCAAUAAAGCACAAACUUCCCUUCCUGCUGUGAACUUGCCAUGCUCAUGGCUAGUUUAUUUGCAUUUUCCUCUGUUUAAAUCCUUGCGUGGGAUCAAUCUGCAGUAUUCUUUCUUCUCUCCCAACCUCCUGUUCUUGCAUGACAUUAAAUACAAACACAUUGGGCGUGUUCACAUGGUACACUAAACCAUGAUUCAGUUGUAUGUGCACGAGCAAUAGCAAGCAUCAGUCUUGUGUUCCCUUCCUUCCCCACUCCUUUGGAGUUGCCGCAAGGAGGGAAUUGAAAAUUUUAUUUCUGCUUUUCACUGCCUAUGGUUGCUCAUUUAUAUCCAAACCUGGACAAACUGUGAUUAGCGUUAACUAUGGUUUAGGGAAGCAAAACCAUACAUCACACUGUAGUUAAUGAUCCUGGCUAGUUUCCUAAACCAUAUUUAUCACAAACCACAGUUCUCGGGACCUAAUGAAUAAAUUAGCUGAAAGCAGAAGCAAAAGUUUCCAAUCUCCUUGCAGUUCAGCGGGUGGAGGAUAACAGAAGGGGGAGUGGAUGAACCCCGUACCCAUGCAUAUAACACUAAACUGUGGCUUAGCAUUGUGUGUGAACCAAGACAUCUUAUUAUUCGCUGAAAAACAUAGGGAGGAGCCCUCCGGGGUUAGAUUGAUCUACACCAGGAUAACGUUUCUCACAAUGGCCAGCUGGAUGCUUACACACUCCGCUGUUUGUCCCUCAUCUGGUGUCAGACUGCCUCUGAAUAUGUAGGCUUUAUUAAGCUGUCCUUGCCAAUAGCUCUUGAUAGGGCCUGUCCGCUAUAAAUUUGCAUUGAAAGCAAUGCAAGCCAUUGACCACGGUCAUAUUUUGUGGCAGAAAACUCCAUAAAUUACUUAUGCAUUAUAUGAAGAAUGAUUUUCUUUAAAGAGCCCAGAGGGACCUAGGCAGGAACGGCGAGGGUUCAGUUAGCUUGUAGAAAAGGGGGCAGCAAUAAAUCAUAGAGAGCUUGUGGUUCUAUUUUUCACCCUCAGUCCUUUUUUAUUUUAUUUUAAUGAGCAGCCUAGCAUGAGCAGUGAGUACGCUUACUGUCCCUGAAAGCCACAGUUUGAUAACUGAUGUAGUCACUUCAUGUUAUUUUCAAUCUCAUUUUAUUUUGUGUUCCUGAAUAUGAAUCCAUCUGCCAUACAGCAACCCAGUUUCACUGAAGGAAGGCUAAUCUUUGUAAUCAGAAAACAGAACUAGCUUAGCACUGUUCUUUUUAUUAAUAUACAAACCUAAAUUGAUUGAACAUGCUUUUAUUUCAAUCAUUGUUGGCCCUUUGAUUUGGUGUUUUUAAUGCUAUGUUUACCUUAUAUAAAGUGCAACAGAACAAAAAGAACAGGGAAUGGGGUUUCCUUUGUUAUUUUAACCCUAUCCUGUCAUCUCAGUUUCUGAUUUGUUCACUGAAAGCUUGAAAGUAGAAGAAAAUAGUUCUCUUGCUUACAACACACACACACACUUCUCAUUUUGGGGAGAGUAUUUUGUUGACUUGUUUCUAUGCUUUCAGUGGGCGUUUGUGGGUACAUUUCUGCGAGAAGCAAUUGAGGUUGAAAGCCAAGUCAGUGUUGGGUUUAAUUUCUGAGCUCUCUAAGGCCUGUGACAUUCUCUUAACUGAAGCUUCAACAUCUGAUUCUACAUUUUGAAAAUGCACUGCCUCCUGCACAGCUACAGCACAUCUUCAAAUGUGCCGUACUUGUGGGUUACAACUGGAGUGAUAACUAUAGCUGAACCAAAAUCUCAAGUUUUAAUCUUUGUUCUGCUUUUAUGAAACACAAUAGGGUUUACUUCCCUCCUCCAGAUGUGCAUUGUGAAUGGCAUUCAUUUGUGAGGGGGCUAGAAAGGACUAUAACUGCGUUCUCCUUCCCCCUGUGUGCCUGCUCAGCACUUAAUUGCCCAGCUGAAGAAAUGCUGUUACAACUAUUGAGCUCUGUGUGUGUCAAAUCUGCACCCUUUUUUAAUCCUUUUCACUGUCAAGGUUAAUUUGUUGGAACCCUGGGCUCCUCAUUUUCAUAGUAUACAUAGUCUCAGUAGUGCACGAAAAAGUGUAAAUCAUAGCAUAAUAGCAGUGUGUCCUGUUUAUAACACUUUUAUAAGUCCACUAUUGCUGUUUGUUGAUAAAUGAAGCAAGGAACUUUAUUUUGAUUGUGAAAACCUGGCCUGCAACAACAGUGUCAUGCACAGCAUACAAGCAAGCUGUGCAGUCUGUCCAGUCCAGUGAUCAGAAUUCUUUGUGACCAGCCAAUCUGAUGAAAAGGCUAUGUUAUUUGGUCCAAUACAGUUGCAGGGUUGUCCAUAUUCUAUGCAUUUACAAAAGGUUUAGUCCUUACUAGGUCAGGAGAAGAACUGUGGUCACUGGAAGGUAAAGUUGGGGUUCUGCUAAACAUAAGUUGGGGUUCUGAUAAACAGAACUUCCUGUGGUCAGAGUGGGGCUUCAUUGCUGCUUCUUCAUUCUGCAUAAGUAAUGGUCCUCAAAUAUUUUCAACUGUCUUUCUGGAAGGAACUAUGCUCAUGACAGUGCCAAUAAAGCAAAAAUCGGGUCCCAAAAGCAAAGCACAUUACAGUAUAAUGAUAAAUUCUGCCCUAUAGCUCAUUUUCCUUUCAUCAUCUUUUCCUCCUCCCAUUUCCCCAGGGCUUUCUUCUAAGAUUAUCCUCAUGACUUAUGUUUUGGUUUUUUGUUAGUGCUUCUUUUAAUACUACAUUUUCUAAAAAUAGACUAAAUUGUUGCAAGAUAAGCAGCUCCUUCUGACAUUCCUUUGCAGGCACACACAACCCUUUUUAGUAUACAUAUUUCUUCUAAGUUCUGGAUUAGUAACCUACUUUUCCAUUCCUGGCUUGCUGCACAAGGUAUUCAUCUCUUCUAAGACUCGAUAGUCUGCUCUAGACAAUUAUCUCUCAAAAGUGUCCCAUUUUAUUUUUAGUUCUUUCCAUCUUUCAAAUGCAGUUGCGACACAGUUACUUACUGAAGCAGUCUCCAUCUCUGUUUACUUCUUACUCUGAGAAGAUGAGUCACUAAAAGUUACCUAAACAAUGAUAGCACAUGAACAUUUCAAGUGAGAUCCAAACUCUGAAUAAAGUCUUCAAAAACAUGCAAGCAUAUCUAUUGCAAACUCUCAUGCUUUUAAGGACUUUGAUUUUUAGGGGGGUGGGUAGGGUUUUUUAGUUUUCAAUAUGAAGACCAUAUAUGAGAGUCAGUUUCUUUCCUCACCACACAUCACCAUGUUCCCAAAUAUAGGACUAGGAAGACCAAAUAUAUAGCAGUACUUUAUUGCCCUUGCCUCCCUUGACAAGCGGCAAGUCACCUGCCCCACAUAUCUUGCUGGAUUUUCCAUAUGACAGUCACCACUGUUCAUCAUGACAAUUGUACACAAUCAUGGUACUGAUCAUAGAACCUCUGGACCCGAUGUCUAUAUGAGUGAAAGAAAGCUUUGCAGGCUUUCCCCCAUAAUUUACACUCUGUUUUGUUUGUUGUUAACUGAAGGAAUUCCACUAGGAUAUGUUAAAGAGUUCUUUUAAUGUAUAGAAAUUAUUUUUGUCUCGAUCCCUUAGAAUGAUCAGGGUUACUUUAGUAAGCCUCUAUACCUUGGAAUAAUGGUGGAAAUGACAGCUUAAUUAUAGCUUUCCUUAUCUGAGAGGGUCUUCUUAGUCCUAGUCUCUCACUAUGCCAUCAUUGUUCUUUUUAAAACAAAACCUGUGUUGUGUUUUGUCUUUUUAAGUGGCCCUGGGCCCUUUAUAGUAAAAACGAAAGGCAAGAUAACAAACGAUAAGAGAUAUUUUAAGUUACUCACUGUAAACCUCCGGGACAUGGGUGGCACUGUGGUCUAAACCACAGAGCCUAGGGCUUGCUGAUCAGAAGGUCAGCAUUCGAAUCCCCUCGAUUCGAACAGGGGUGAGCUCCUGUUGCUCGGUCCCAGCUCCUGCCCACCUAGCAGUUCAAAAGCACGUCAAAGUGCAAGUAGAUAAAUAGGUACCGCUCUGGCGGGAAAGUAAACGGCGUUUCUGUGUGCUGCUCUGGUUCGCCAGAAGCGGCUUAGUCCUGCUGGCCACAUGACCCGGAAGCUGUCUGUGGACAAACGCCGGCUCCCUCGACCUAUAGAGCGAGAUGAGCGCUGCAACCCCCAGAGUCGUCCGCAACUGGACCUAACGGUCAGGGGUACUUUUACCUUUUACUGUAAACCUCACUGUUUGUCCCGCAUUGUAAUUCCAUUCAGGUCAUCUGGAAGGAGCAACAAAGGGUGAAAUUACCUUUCUAAUUUUCUUAUCUAUUGUUUUUCCUCCCUCCAGGUUUCUGUGAACAUCGGUAGUAGUUCAAUUUGCGUGGCUGUGGUGGAGGGAAGUGGGCCACGUGUGCUCAUGGAAGGCACCCUCACUCACAAGAUCAACACAGAGAACUCUGUCUGGAGUCUGGAACCAGGAAAGUGUAUCCUCGUAAGCACAACUUCUCCUUUUCACUGUGCAUGUGUGUUCUCGGUACAUGUCUGCUUCCCCCUUGAAAGUCUCUGAGCUUUGGUUGCUUCUGGGUUGAUUUGGGAAUGCCAAGAGUUCUUCUUGAAGGCUGGAACAGAGACAUUGCUUCCUUAGCUCUGCUACAGAGCUACCGAAUUAGCUGCACCAGAAGAUCACUCCAUCCACUUACUAUUUUGCAUGUGCUGUACUGCUUUUCUUGCAUGGACGUCAGUACACUGAUCGGGCCCCAAUCUGUUUAACUUGAGGAUUGCUGUUGCUCUAACUUUAGGCUGUAUGCUUCCUUCUGCUUCUUACUUCAGCCCUUAUUCUGCACUUGACCUUAUUGUUAGUUCCUAUCUUUACUUUCAUCUCCCUUUAAAGCCCAUGAAGCUCAUUGGGGAACCUCAGGUGGGGAUCUGUGUCUGCUAACCUGAGCUACUAGGAGAAAUGGUGGGGUCAAAAUACAGUAAACAAUAACAUAAAAUCUCCUGGUUUAGUGCACAGAUGGUCAGAAAUAGAGGAGUAUCAGAACGGAUAUUUUUUGUUUGCGGUACACAGAAACGUAUCUCCUUGGGCUUAGGUAAACCUUGCUAUGUAAGAAGCUGCACGAUCCCAAAUGAGGCCACUGGUCUCUCUUGCUCAGCAUUGUCUUACACAACUCUCUAAGGUUUCAUACAGGAAUCUUUCCAGACCUGUCUGGAGGUGCCAUUGAUUGGAACUGGGAUCUUCUCCAUGCAAACUUUCGUUACAAGGUUUUCCUACAAGGCAGUUUUUUAGCCCAUAUUUGCAACAAUUGCUCUAGGCUUGUGGCUUCCACAUAAAACCUGAGUCCAUGGCAGUUUCUUAUAUAUAAAAAUGCAGCAGCAUUCUUGUUUGUGCUACAGAGUAAAAAAAAAGACAGAUCCCUGCCCUUAGGCGCUUACAUGGAAGGCUAGAAAGAAAGAUGCGACACCAAACAGAUGAAGAACCUCCUUUCAAUUCCAUGUCCUUGGGCUUAGUUUCAGGAGGUGAUGAGAACCAAGGGGAGAACUAGGAGGGAUUUGAAGCGGGAGAGAGAUGGAGGUGCCAACAAGAAGGUGUUGUGGGAGUUCCAGACAUGAAGGUGGCAAGGAAGAAAGAGCUGACUCAUUUUUGGUUCAGCCUCCCUUGGGUCUGGGAUUUCUUCUAAACUCUAGUGCAGUGUCUUGAUUGUGUGCUCCUAAACAUCAGGGGAGGGACGUGGGUGGCACUGUGGGUUAAACCACAGAGCCUAGGGCUUGCCGAUCAGAAGGUCGGCGGUUCGAAUCCCCACGACGGGGUGAGCUCCCGUUGCUUGGUCCCUGCUCCUGCCAACCUAGCAGUUCGAAAGCACAUCAAAGUGCAAGUAGAUAAAUAGGUACCGCUCUGGUGGGAAGGUAAACGGCAUUUCCGUGCGCUGCUCUGGUUCGCCAGAAGCGGCUUAGUCAUGCUGGCCGCAUGACCCGGAAACUGUACGCCGGCUCCCUCGGCCAGUAAAGCGAAAUGAGCGCCGCAAUCCCAGAGUCGGCCACGACUGGACCUAAUGGUCAGGGGUCCCUUUACCUUUACCUUUAAACAUCAGAGGAGAAAAUGGUGGGCUUUGGGGGGGGCAUGUUGCAGGUAUCUACUGAAAAUUGUUGCAGAAGAAAAAAAAUUGCAUGGCUCGGCUAAGUUAAGAAAUUUGGGUUUAAUGAGCAAUAGUUGGUGCUAAUGACAGGUGCUGCAGCAAUCCUGAUCUGCUGCUGCAAGCUCUUUUUUUGAAGUGAUAAUUAGGCAAUUGCUGAGGCCUUAGCCAAGUGGCACUUGAUUUCACAUGCUGCUCAAAUGAAGGUCUUUGCCCGUUAUCGCAUUUUCGGUGUGAUGGAGGCCCCAGCAUUGGUCCUUGCAGGCCCUGUCCUGCCAUCUCUCCAGAUCUGGAUUUAACCUUUUCCAUUCUCAGUGUGGUUUCAGGUGACUUAGAUUAGUUGCAGGUACUGGUCUGCACUGACAUAUAAGGAACAUAUUCUUGUGAACUCUCAUGAUUCUGGAAUAGCACUAUUGUGAGCCAAGUUUACUGCCUACCUUUAAAGUGUUGCGUUUCAUUCCACUUAUCAGAUGCGGAUAUACAACAGUGUGGACAGUGAAUUUGUCCUAAAUGAGUUGAAAGGAUUUCAACCAAAAACUGCGGAUUAGUUUGGGGAGGGGAUUUCAUAUAAUUAUAUUUAGCUUGCAGCAGUGCAUUGGCAAGCUAUCCUCCAGUGUUCAGUGAUGUCAUCUAUUUACUAUUGGUAGCUGUUCAGGCAUUCUUGUAAUGUGCUGGUAGUGUUGUGUUUUGCCGCCGAGUGUGUGUCUGCCCACGCGUUUAAUUUGCAAAUGAUACCUCUAGGAUGAUAGGCAAGUACACAGGCGUUGGCUUCAAAUUUUGAUUGUUCACUUUUCUGAUUGCUUGCCGGGAUUGGAAAUAAGAAAUGUAGUAAAAAAACAAAAACCUUUGUGAACAUAUGGUGUUACCAUAAUAUCCAUGUAUUUCUGUGACUCCCAAAAAUGUAUUUGGAUACCUUAUGAACUGUAUCCCAUGGUAUAAAGCAGUGGCAAAAUGUCAACACUGCUGAAAACAUCCUAAGACCAUUGCUUGUGUGGUUUAAAUCAAGUGACUAAUGCUUGUUAGUUCCUUCAGGGAGCUGUUGCUAAUGUCAGUAAGAAUUCCAGAAUUCUAGAGAAGCAGCAUCUUUUAAUGCCUUAAACCCACUCAGCCUACUGCUUUUAUCUUACCCUGACUCAGCUGUCAUUUGAUCCAGCCCUAGGACCAGCUUAGAGGACUUACCAUCUUUUGCAAUGAUUGGUGGUUAACUUCAUCAUCUUUAGGUUUGAUAUUGCAUUAUCCAAAAAGAUGACUGGGAGAUUUCCAGUAGGAGAAGGUGUCUGUCUGUCUCAUGUGAUGGGAGAGUGGACAAUCCAACUGUUGUUGACCCCCCCCCCUCCUGGGUUCAAGAGACUCAAGAUGUUAAAUUAUAGAAUCCAUGCUCCCAAGUAGCCUUAUGGAUAAUCAAAAUACUCACAUGCCUGAUUUUAAUUGGAUCUGCUAAUUAAUAAGUGUGUUGGCAUUUGGACCUCUUUGUAUAGAGGAUGACUGAGUAACUGAAUAGUAGGAGGCAGAGGAAAAACUCCAUCAGCAGUUGCAAAUUUGUUCUCUUAUUGGCUUCACAAUCAGUUUAGAGUUUGGGGGCUCUAGCAACAUAUAUCAUGGAACUGGUUGUCAUAGAUGCAGUGAGGCCUGCCUUCCUUCCUUCCUUCCUUCCUUCCCCAAAGUAGACUAGGUGUUGUUUUCUGACAGAAUGAAAACCUUGUUAGACAGGAAGGAAGUAUUGCAGACUUAAGAGGAAACUGCAUUUUCAGAAUUAUUUAAAGGAAGUACUGUGCUUCAAGAACCAAGACCAAGGGAGAACAAGGAACUUCUCCAAACUUCUGGUCCUGUAAAUAAUAAUUUUGUGUGUGACCCUUCUCCAUUACGCUAGUUAGUGUGUCAAAGAGUGUGACCAAAAUAGAUUCACAGGAGCUUUUUUUAGCAACCAGUGCUGGGUGUUGGGCACAACACUUUUGUUUCUCCCCUUUCCAAGCUCUCGGGAAAAACCUGCUUGGUUAGAAUGUAUGUGAAAAACCUCUCUCCAUCUUUUUUUAAAAAUAUAUAUAAAUGUUUUAUUCAGUUUUAGGUCAACAGAACUAUACAACUGACAAAGAGCAUCAUAGCAUAUUGGUCAUCGCAACCUCCUACAAGAAUAAAAGUUAUAAAUGUCCCAAUGGCUCAGUUCAAUAAACCAUUUCACAGGUUCAAAUAGACUCAACCCACCUAAUGCUACAAUGGCAGCAGCAUCUCAAUUUGGGGGGAGGAACCCCAAUAUCAGCUAUAGUGUUGAGCAUUUGAACGCUGCCUGAUAACAGCUGAGUAAAAAAUUGAUUUAGGAAAAAUUUAAUUUGAAAACUUUCCAAAUGUUCGUGCAUAAUAUGCCACGUUUAUUGUCCUCUUUUGGAAAUUAUCUAAAGAAUACAUCCUUUGCACUAUAUAUAUAUUUGCUUUGAGAGGAGUGAUUUGACAAGAUUAUUACGGGCAACAUCUUUUGAAUAAAAACCUUAUGCAAGUUCAUAGUAUUUAUAGAAGUGCAUGAUUUGAGAGAAGAGCUGUGAGGAAGUAAAGGUUGCUAUCCAGAUUACUUUUUCAGAAUUCAAACCCAUGUUAUCAGAAGAAUGUGCUCUAGGCUCAGUCACUUCCCUCUCCCCUUUGAGUGUUCCCAAUAGACCUACUCCCCUUCUCUUUAGCAUGAACUAGUCCUAAUUUGCAGGUGAUCUAUAGCUUUCCAGUUUAUAUAUAAUGGCAAACUGUAGUAUGCACUUCAGAAGAAAAAAAAUCUCAAAGAUUGCAGCAGGGCAGGGUAAUCUCAUGGUGUAAACUGAUUUUAGGAUGCAGAGGCUGCUGGGACAAAGGAACAAUGGCUGUUCCCACAUAUUUUGAAAAAUACAAAACCUAGCAGUUACUUUGAUCUGUCUCUAGUACAAUUGAGAACACACAGAUCUCUGGCGAGGCAGAUUGCUGACGUAAAGAGAAGGCUGAUAGCCUUCAUAUUAGCAAACCUGGAGAUUAAUUUUCAGUGGUGUUCUAAAUGCCAAAUUGGAUAAUACUAUAUAGUGGCUGGAGGGCAUGCAAAUGCUGAAAGUUAGGUUUUAUCUUCAGGUGAUCGAAAAUAACUUGUCAGUUUUAAGAUCCCACUUCUAGAUGACUGAAAGAUGAAGUUGCUUAAUUGAAUUGGAACACACAAGAGGAGAAGCAGGGGGAGCAUGCAAGCAUAAGGCAUGUUCACAUAGUGCCAAACCACGGUUUGUACCGAGCCAUCUUGUGCUACAGAUGGGAUGGUACGUUAUUUGGUUGGAAUGGUGACAGCACAACCCUAACUUUUUCACAGUGCCGCAUUGCCAACUUUUGUUUUCAACCAUCCUCCUAACAUUAUUAGCGGUUCAGCUAUUGAACAUUUUCAAGUGCUCUGUUUUAUGUGUGUUUUGGGACUGUUGUAAAAUUUCAAGAGAAAGUAAAAUCGCCUAGGGCUCCUUCAAAUUACAUUUAGACUCUAGGUGCGGAAUUGACCUGUAAACGUGUGGGCAAGAAGGGUAUAAAUUCAUGGGGAUGCAAAGGUCAAAUGUGUCGUGGCAGUAACCCUUGCUUGAGUUGGACAUGGUUUCUUUUAUUGCAUGGAUUCUGGGUUUUGGAAAAUAAUUGCCUAUGUCAUUGAAAUCAGUGGAAGGGGGUCUUGAACCCCUUUUAAAGCAUUCUGAGCCAGUGUCAUCACUACAUUGUGUACUAUUCUGAGCCAAUGUGAAUUCCAAAAAUGAGUUCGACUUUGUGUAAUGAAGUACAGUGGUACGUCGGGUUAAGUACUUAGUUUGUUCCGGAGGUCCGUUCUUAACCUGAAACUGUUCUUAACCUGAAGCACCACUUUAGCUAAUGGGGCCUCCUGCUGCCGCCGUGCCGCCGGAGCCCGAUUUCUGUUCUUAUCCUGAAGCAAAGUUCUUAACCUGAAGCACUAUUACUGGGUUAGUGGAGUGUGUAACCUGAAGCGUAUGUAACCUGAAGCAUAUGUAACCCAAGGUACCACUGUACUUCCUUUUGUAUGUCCUGAAUCGCCUACCAAUCAGUUUCAUUGGGUUUCAAGCGUUGGGAGAGAGAAAGAGAGGUAUAAAAGCUUCUCCCAACCCACUUUCUCCAUACUAUGUAUAAUUUCAUAAACCUCGAUCGUGUCCCCCAAAGGCACUCCAAACUGUUGCUCAUUUUGGUCUUCCUUUCCUGGCACUUCCAGUGGUGGCUUUCCUGUGGCCCUCCAGAUUCUGCUGGGCUACAGCUUUUGUUGUCUUUAACCAUUGGCCAUGCUGCGUGGUCCAGCAACAGCUGGAGGGCUACAGCUAAACCACCCCAUCUCUACAAUUCUUUCAAUCUGAAAGAGUAUCAAUCUGAACAAAUAAUAUUACAAAUGCGGCUGCAUCAUGCAUAUACGGAAAGACAUUGCAAUCCUCAUCAUUCUAUGGAGUUCCUGAAGAUCUUUAAGGAGAGGUGUAUGUUGCAGGUUAGAACCACAGCAAUCUCAAAAACAAUAGCAAUUUUGGGAAGUAUUUUAUCUUAUGUUUUGGGGUUCCUCUGAGAAAAGCAACAACUUCCCCUUGGAACGCCCUCCUUUUUGCAGCUUCAGUUCCCAAGGCAAAGAGUCCUCCCACAAUCUUCCUCAGAUGGACCUUUUCCCUCCCAGCGCCUUAUGCAAACUUUUCUUAGAAAUACCAUGCUGGUGUGAUUGCUUUACCGCAGAUGAAGCUCUCUUCGUCUGGGCUGUUGUGGUGCAUCCUGUCUCUCCACACCCCGCCGACAAACAAGUUGUUUAAGUGAAUAUGUGACUCGCCUCUUCGUUUCACCUUCUCCUUGCAGCAUAUGGAAUUUAUGACCUUUUUUGCUUCUCUCCCCGGCAGCCUCGCAAAGAGCAGCUUUCUCUUCCUGCCAGACUGUCUCUCCGAAGCUACUUUUUCUUUGUUGUCAUGGAACAGAUUCUUGCAUCUCCAAGUGCACCCAGGCCAUGCAGCCCCGUCAAGCUGGGGUGGCAGCUAAAAGUGUAACCCGUUUCAGCCUUGUUCCCGCCCACUCCUGCGCACUUUGGAAGAAACUUGCAGGGCUUUGGUGCAAUAGCUUUUUUUUUUUUUCUUCAAAGUGUGAAGUGCCUCUCUUGGUUGGUGCAAAGCACUGCACCACCAAGAGUUAGCCGAGAUUAUAUUAAUUUCCCAAUCAAUGUACUUCAGAGACUGCUCUGCUGGAUCCUGCCCCAAAGGUUGCCUAAUCCAGCCAGAUUCCUUCUCCUCCCUGCACAAUAGUAGGAUGCACAUCAGGAAAGCAUCUGAUACCCAGCAUCAAUACUUCCCCUGAAUGUGGAGGUUCUAUUAGCUGCCAUAUCUGUCAAUUGUCCUUUAUGGAAAGACCAUGGAUCCCACAAGCUAUGUGUUAGGAAACGAAUUGCUUUCACCUUCUGCAAAUUAUCUUUACUGGGUGCUCCCUAGUAGAAUGAGACAAGGAGAAGUUACUUUCCACACAGCUCAUAUAGAGUGUGUGUGUGUGUGUGUGUGUGUGUGUGUGCACGCUUGUGUGUGUGUGUCUCACUCACAGGAUCAUCACCUUGUUGUGGUGAGUGGGCUUGCAUGUUCCUAUGACCCUUGUGAGCGAAGCCAUCGGGAGUCUCGUACUCCCAGCAGGGUCACCCAAGGCGGUAAGGUCAAAGGGGAGGAGCUAGACAAAGAAUGAUCCAAGAAGUCCUCAAUGGCAGAACAGGUGGAAGAUAACAAGCGGUAUGUUACAAUGCUUUGAAGAAAGAUGAAGGCUUCAGAUAAGAAUUUACCGGUUGCCGUGAUACUCAUCCCAUUGGAAUAGAGCCUUACUGUGAAGACUGUGCGUUGGUCAGUGUGCACUGAUCUACACGCAUAAAACAAAUUCACGCACAGGCGUCUUCCAAAAACCCAUCCCAAACCCAAAAACGUGUUCAUGGAAGACAAUCUUACUUGGCUUCAAGUGAUAGAAGAAGAAGAAGAAGAAGAAGGGGGGAGAGAGAGUGUGUGUGUGUAGAAACAUCUUAUGCCAACCUUGAUCUUAUCCCCACCCCCCAGACUAAAUUAAAUAGCACCAAAGGCUUUAACUUUUCUUCAUAGAGAAGGGGAUGCAUCCCAAUAGAUUUUGGUUUAGUUGCUUUUUCCUGUACCUUUUUUCCAGCUCUGUGAUAUUGGCCCAGAUAAGAGGAGGAUUAUGUUACUGACUGAAGCCAAAAGCCAAUUGGCUGUAUCCAAGCGUAGUUCAGUAAUAGCUGAAAAGCUUGGCCUCUUGCCACCAUAACUUAUGGCUAUAUAUUAUCUCUGCAAAUUAAUCAGGCCCUUGAAUUUUUAGGCUAUACAAAACUGGGCAUGAUGUCACUCAUAGCCAAUCAAUGUGCUUGGAUUGUGUCUCUGGAAGGGAGGAUUAGCGAUACCAAUUCGGAUGGGGUGCUUCCUGUCAUGUUGCGUAUGGUGGGUACAUUGAGAUAGUCCUGUGAGAGAUUUUACAUGCUUUGUGCUUUGUUUAGUGCUGAAAUUGAAGCCGACUUGCUGGCACACAGGCGUCACUCUAGAGAUGGUGAUGUCUGCUCUUGCCAACCUGCCUUGCUGUUGCCCCAUUGGCUAUAUGGAUCAGAUGAGGCAAUAACACAGCUGAAACUCAGGUGUUGAAACCACCCCAAAGCUGUGCUUGCAGAGUAAUUUGGUGAAAUGAAAUGAGAAAUUACCCCCCCCCUUUAAGGGCAUAGGAGGAUAGCACUGCCCUCUUGGUGCGCUGAAAUGUCCUUUUGAGCAUGUUUCCUUGCAAGCAUGAUAUGCAUUAUAUUAUGAUUCAGUUGAGAUUCCUGCAUUGCAGAGGGUGUUGCUUGGAGAAUGCUUUUCAGCCCCAUGGAACCUCCAAUGUGGGGUUCCGCAGGUCUCAAUUCUAUCCCCCAUGUUGUUUAACAUCUACAUGAAACUGCUGGGUGGAGUUAUCUGGAGUGCGUUGUGGGCAGUAUGCUGAUGACACUUAGCUCUAUUUCUCCUUUACAUCUGCAGGUGAGGCGGUGGAAGUGCUGGACCAAUGGUGUCUUGUCUCGAUAAUGGACUGGAUGAGAGCCAACAACUGAAUCUCAGUCCAGAUAAGACGGAGGCACUGUUAGUGGGUGGUUCCUCAGACCAGACGGCUGGGAGGUCGCCUGCUCUUGAUGGGGCUAUGCUGCCCCUGAAGGAGCAGGUUCAUAGUUUGGGGGUCCUCCUGGAUCCUUUGCUGUCGCUUGAGGCCAGGUGGCCUCAGUGGCCCAGAGUACCUUCCAUCAGCUUCGGUUGGUGGCCCAGCUACGCCCCUGUCUGGACAGGGAUAGACUAAUUAUUGUUGUCUAUGCUCUGGUAACCUCAAGGUUAGAUUACUGUAAUGCGUUAAACGUAGGGCUGCCUCUGAAGAUGGUUCAGAAACUUCAGCUGGUGCAGAAUUCAGCAACCAGGUUGCUCACCGAAGCAAGACGGUUUGAGCAUAUGACGCCAAUUCUGGUGCAACUGCACUGGCUACCAUUUAGUUUCCAGGCCCAAUUCAGAGUGAUGGUUUUGACCUAUAAAGCCUUAAAUGCCUCAGGACCACAAUACCUCAAGAGCUGCCUCUUCCCAUAUGAACCUAUCCGGACCCUGAGAUCAUCUUCUGAGGCCCUUAUUCGUGUGCCUCCUCCUUGAGAGGUCAGGAGGGUGGCAACAUGAGAACGGGCCUUCUCUGCAGUGGUUCCCCGUCUGUGGAAUGCUCUCCCUAGGGAAGUUCGUUGUACACCUUUAGGAACCAGGCAAAAAUGUUCCUUUUUAAACAGGCCUUUACCUGACCUGAUCUACAUCCUAUACCCUUUUUAAAAUGCUGGCUUUUUAGGGGGGGUGUGUUACUGGAUUGUUGUUAUAUUUUGAUUUUAUGUAUGUGAUCCUUUAUGUGAACCGCCCUGAGACCUUUGGGUAUAGGGUGGAAUAGAAAUAAAAUAAAAUAAAAUAAAAUAAAAUAAAAUAAAAUAAAAUACCCUCAGGGUGCCUUCCAACUCUGCAAUUCUAUGAUUCAUUCAUUCCCUUGGAAAUUCUGGAUGUUCAGUACUAGCACAGUAACACACAUGAUGUCUAUUGAAGUAAGGAAUACAGUGAUCCAUUGUAAAGUGCGAUAGAGGCACCAUGUAAUUCCGAUACCUAUUCUCAUGCCCACACAGCCUUGUAUUUAACAACUUGCCUAGUAGCCAGAAGUGACCAGGAAUUCCAUACAGGCAAGUGGGUGGGUGGUAGAGGAGGGUAUGAUCUGCCAGCCCACUUGGUUGCCAUGCUAACCGUAGAAGAUGGUAUUCCUGUUCCUCUGUGACGAGUGCAGAAGCACAGCAGACUGGCAGAGGGAGAAAUGGCUUGCUCUGUUACUCCUCUGCCAGUCCGCUUGAUAGAAGGCAUUUUUAAAUUAGCUAGUGUUUCUGUGCUGGCUGCUCCCCUUUUGCUGUGAACCUUACAGCCUAGUGCAAUUUUUUGCAGGCUAGUAACUUUACCGAGCUUAUACAAAGUGAUGCGUAAUAAGCGAUGUAGGGUAUGGUAAUGAACUCUGUCCAAAGGCUCCAGUCUUGCGUUCUCUUAAUCUGUGCGUAAAACUCACUGAAUACGACCGAUCAUACUUCAAAGUAUACAUCCUUAGGAUUUCACGGCACACGUCUACAACAGUUAAAACUGGAGUAUGCGGAAUAAUUUUGAACACUUCCUCUGGCUUUCACAACGGAGCUCUUCAGUGAUCACGGAGUAGUCUAAUAAGCGCUAAUAAAGCAGCGUAAAUUUUUAACUAUUAUUACUCACCUUUAUCCAUAUAAAACAGACUGUUUCUCAGCUGAGGCCCUUUGGGAAGAAAUGGAAUAAUCUUGGUGUCACAUUUGUUAGAAAUGGUCGUGAUAGUUUAAGCAGGGAGGAGGUCAAUGUGCAAAGUUUUUGGGAAAUUAGUUUCCAAAUGUGUGAUAAAUGUAUCCUAUUCUGGCAAAGGAUAAAUGAUGAUAAUAUAAGUUAUUUCUUCUAGAUCCUUGUUAGAAUGGCAGGUGCAGCUGAAUUCUGUUCUGGCACAGGGAUUUGUGUCCCUGCAUUUGGAGUUUUCCUCAGAACUCUGGUUAUUCUUUUGGUCUGUUCCUUUAAGAUCUCUAAGUAACAUAGCCAUGGCUCUCAGGACAGAUAGCUCAGUUGGUAGAGCAUGAGACUCAAAGGGUGAGAUCUCUGGGUUGGGGGGUUCGAGCCCCACAUUGGGCAAAAGAUUCCUCUAUAGCAGAGGGUUGGACUGGAUGACCCCUGUGCUCCCUUCCAAAUCUACAAUUCUAUGAUUCUGUGACAUAUUUCUCUAGACCAGGUCCGGCUGCUGCUGAUUGUCUAGCUCUGAACUACAGCUGCUUCUUUUUUUGUUCCCAGAUUAACCUGAGCAAAGUAGGUGAAUACUGGUGGAGUGCCAUCUUGGAAGGAGAAGAGCAGAUUGACAUUGGUAAAAUCAAUAAAGAACGUUCAAUGGCUACGGUGGAUGAAGAAGAGCAUGCUGUGCUGGACAGGCUAUCCUUUGACUACCACCAAAAGCUGCAGGGAAAGCCACAGAGCCAUGAGAUGGUAUGUUUCUUAAUUAGGAAAUUGUUUGAUUUGCUGACCAUGCAGUUCUUUGCUUCUCUUAAUGUGCUGCAUGCAGUAGGUAGACUGUUUGGAUCAUUGUGGUACUUUGGUUCUGCCAUAGCUCAGGCUUCAAAUCACAAUGGGUAACUUUGCAUAGUCCUUCAAGGAGAGGACAGUUCCCCCACUUCCAUUGUAGGUAACAUGGGGCUCCUCCCACAGCUUGAGGGGAAGAAAGAAUAAAAAACACAAUGCCAAAUUCUACUUGUGUGAAAUAGUUCCUGGGAAUUUCUGUGAUCCAGUUCCAGAAAAUCUUCCUUUAUGGCAGAUAUAAUACAGGAGCAAAUAUCCUAAGUAGGACUUGUAUGUAGUAAGCAAAAUCAAUUUUGUAAAUAACCACUUGCCUGAUUUCUGCUUCUUUUUACUAGGGGAGUUCCAGUUAAGAACAUCAUCUAGGUGGCUGUUUUAACAGGGAGACGUUCCGAGUUUUAACAAAAUUAUCCUUUCUAGACUCAUUUGCAAACCUGAUUUUAAUGCCACUGUUUUCAGUGCUCAGAACGGCAUCUAGGUGUAGAACAUUUAAUGUAUAACCUUUCUCUGAGAGACUUGCCAGAUGCAUCUGUGUCUCUGGUGUGUUAUGGCAUUAGCCAAAUGAUUAUUGCUGUAAUCUUCCGAGUGCAGGGCUAAUGGCAGUAAAACUCCACUUUCCGCUCUUUGGUUGUGAGCAAUAUGGAAAGCAUCCAGAUCGGCGCAAAACCAGCUCUGUGUUUUUACUCCUUUGAUUUGUCAUCUGUAUGAUAAUACCAGAGUGUACCAAAUGUCACUCCUAAAUGCUGUGCUCUAAACAGGUCAUUCGAUCUCAGCAUGACUCGGAAUGUGGAAGGCAGCCUGAGAAUAUAUGGGUAAAAAUUGUAGGGAACAACCUUACUGUGGGUGUUUGCUGAGGACCUGGAUGAUGCCUUUCUAGAGCAGAUUACCAAACAUUCAAAAAGAAGAGAUAUAGUAGUCAUAGGAGACUUCAACUACCCCAAUAGCUGUUGGAACUCAGACUUUUCCAAGAAUGUAAGCUCCAACAAAUUCCUCAGUUGUCUCACUGACAAUUUCAUUUCCCAAAAGGUAAAAGAAGCAACAAAGGGGUCAUCUCCCUUGGAUCUGGUCCUUACCAGCAGGGAAGAACUGAUCGACAAAGUGAAAGUACAAGGAACCUUGGGAGGAAGUGAUCAUGCCCUCAGGUUUUCAUUAUCAUACACAGGCAAGGGAAAGCUAAGUGUAGUUGGACAUGCACUCUCAUCAGAAAUAGUCAAAGGAGUCCACAAGAUGGAUGGGAAUUUCUUAAAGGUGAAAUUUUGAAGGCACAAAGACAGAUAAUUCCAACAAGAAAAGAAAGCGGAAGAUUGCAUAAAUAGCUUGCAGAUGAGCUGAGGUGUAAGAAGGGCAUAUAUAAGAAAUAGAAGGACAAAUCAUGAAGGAAGUGUAUACAUGAGUUGCCAGCAAUUGCAGGGAGAAGGUCAGGCAGGCCAAAGCUCAGAAUGAAAUUGCAAAAUAACAUAAAAGGUUGAUUUGGCUAUGUUCAAAGCCAAGAGCAAGCAAGUGGUGGGUCCCUUGUGUGGAGAAGAUGGAGAAAUGCCACUGGGUGACAGAGAGAAGACAGAACUGCUCAACACUUACUUUGUCCUUGCCUUAAAGGAAACAGUGCUUAACCUGGUGAUAGCAGAAUAAAGGAUGCAGGGAGAGAGCUGAAACCCAACAUAGGAAAAGAGGUGGUAUGGGAACUGCACUCAGGGGUGCUAAAGGAGAUUGUGGAUGUAAUCUCAGAGCUUCUGUCUAUAAUCUUUGAGAAUUCCUGAAGAACAGGUGAUGUGGAUCCCUGUGAACUGGAGGCAGGCAGUUGUCCUCAUCUACAAAGAGGGGGAAAGAGAAGAUCCUACCGAGCAGUGAACUUGACAUUGAUAUCAGGAAAGCUGGUAAAAUGUGGACUGGAUGAGGUAACUCUUAAGUGGAUUUGUAGCUGGUUGACUGACCAAAUUCAAAGAGUGCUCUCUAAUGGUUCCUCAUUAUCUUGGAAAAAAGUGACAAGUGGGGUGCUGCAAGGUUCUGUCCUGGGCCCAUUGUUGUUCAACGUCUUUAUAAACAAUUUGGAUGAAGGCAUUGAGGGAAUACUCAUCAAAUUUGUAGAUGAUAGCAAACUCGGAAGGUUAGUCAAUGCUGCUGAAGACCGAAUCAGGAUUCAAAAUGACCUUAACAAAUUGGAGAACUGUGCCAAAGCUAACAAAUAAUUUUCAGUAGGGAUGAAUGUAAGGUUGUACAUUUAGGCAGGAAGAACCAACUGCACAAAUAUAAGGUGGGGGACACCUGGAUUGCAAGCAGUACAUGUGAAAAGGAUCUAGGGGUCUUAGUAGACCACAAGCUUAACAUGAGUCAACAAUGUGAUGUAACAGCAAAAAAAUCAAAUGUGAUUCUAGGCUGUAACAUCAAGGGGAGCGUCCCGAGAGUUUGGUGUCCAGAUCAAGGGAAGUAAUAGUACCACUCUGUUCUGCCUUGGUCAGACCACACCUGGAGUACUGUGUCCAGUUCUGGACACCACAAUUUAAGAAGGAUAUUGGCAAGCUAGAAUGUGUGCAGAGGAGGGAAACCAGGAUGAUCAAGGGUCUCGAAACCAAGCCUUAUGAAGAACGGCUGAGGAAUUGAGUAUGUUUAGCCUGGAAAAGAGGAGACUCAGAGGACAUAGGAUAGCCAUCUUCAGAUAUCUUUAGGGCUGUCACACGGAAGAUGGAGCAAGCUCAUUUCUCCUACGCUGAAACCUUUGGCAUUUCAAUUGAUGUCGUCACGUAUGAUGUUCUGUGGUUGAGAUUCCUGCAUUGCAGGGGGUUGGAUUAGAUGACCCUCGGAGUCCCUUUCAACUCCACAGUUCUAUAAUUCUAUGUUUCUAUUAUUUAUUUUGCUUUAUAUUUGUACAUGCAAAAAGAUACACUGUUGUAUUUAUAAGAUUACUUAUAACCUUCUUUUCAGUUUGGUGAAUUCAAAAAAUUGGACUCAGAGAUAUUAUAAUAUCAGAUCAUGUGCAUUAAAGCACAUAAUAUCAAAUAAUGUGCAUUAAAAAUACAGACUAAAUCAGCUGUGUUAUUUUAACAGCAAAGAGAAUAAUUCCAGCCAAACUUGACUCUCAUCACACUUGGAAUGUAAAAGCCUGCUGAAAAAGAAAGUUUUAAUAGCCCCUCUAAAUGAGCUAGGCUAUUGAGUCUUGUGAAUAUCUAACGAAUAUUAAUUCCAUAAAUGCAGAAUGACAAUGGGGAAUGCUAUAUUAAUUGUCAAUAUUGAUCUAUCGUCCAAGGAGGCACCAUUUGCAGCAAUCAUCCAUUAUGCUAAACUCAGUGAUUAGGGAGGUCUUUGCAAGAAUAGGGUCUUCCCAAUACACGUAUGUUUGUUGUUGCAUAAUGAGCUAUUCGUUGUUGUUGAUUAUGAUAUUUUUAUUAUUCUUCACUACUUAAGAAGCAUCUCAGUGUGAUUUCACAAUCUAGAGUGAGCAUCCAAAGCCUUAUCCAUGUUUGUAUGCUUAAAUUGGCAUACUAUUUUCUGUGCCCUCUGUUUCAUGAGGCUCAAGGCAGCUUGCAGCAAAUAUAAAAUACAAAAUGUCAUAACAUCUUCACCAGCAUCAAACAAUUUGAAAAUAAAAAUUCGAUAAAAAUUUCCACUAAAACCUUCAGCAUAUUUCUGUCUUGAGGAUUUACUGAGAAGAAACAGUUCCACAAAUCACAAAAUCUGUCUUAAGUUGGAAAACAAUGUCUGGCUUUUAAAACUGUCACUCCUUCCCCUAAGACUCCCUGUCUGAGUUUUAAGUUCUGUAAGGAUGUUGGGAUGUGAUGGGAAAUCAUGCCUGGAAUCUGUCAGAAGAGUGCUUCUAAUUUGUCUGCGUUCAUUUCUGGAAUCGUAAAAUUUUCAACUAAAAACAGAAAAGGAAGCCCCCAGCAGAGAACUUGCACACAAAAAGUUAUUGAAAUGUGCUUUUGCCUUUCUUAUUUGGAGGUAGGCAGAAAAUAGAUUGGGACCCACUGCAGUCUGGAUCAGCAAGGGUUUCUGACUCUGAAUGGCAAAUAAAAUUGUAUUUUUAAAAGGCCUCAGUGUUCAUUGCCUGUAAAAUGAGUAUUAAUUGGUUGUCUUUGAAAUGGGCUUUGUUACAGCUCUGUUGGCCAAUUUAAGAUUUCUGCAUUAACAUUUCUGAUCUGUUGUAACUCUGGUGUAGAUUUGUACUCUCAUAUAUGCAGGUUAUUUCAUUGUAUGGCUCAUGGGGUGCAGUAUGUUGCUGUUUCCGAAGCAAGUUACUGUUCCAAAUCUGGUACUUCUCUCUGCUCCUAUUUUUGCACCUCUUUCUGGUUGGUGAACCUCAGAAUUCUAUGGGGGGGGGGGGAGGAAUAUUGUAAGCCUGAACUCUGCCAACCUUGGUGUAGCAGUCUUCAGUAAGUCUGUGUUGCUUAUAAGGAAUCUGUCUACUAAUAACAAUUAAAUAAUAAUAAUAAUUAAAUAAUUAUUUUUAUCCCGCCCUCCCCGGCCAUAGCUGGGCUCAGAGCGGCUAACAUCAUAUAAAUCAGACAAUUUGCAUAAUACAAUCUACACUAUGCAAAUAAAAUAACAUUCAACUGUCAUUAAAAUAAUAUGGAAUAUUAAAUAUGGCAAAUCAAAAUAGAGGAUUUUGCAACACUGAACAAGAUAUCUUUGAUUUCUACUGAGUGCGACUGUUGGUCAGUCUCUAGCUUACUGACUGGCAUUGGGUCUCCAGAGGUUCAGGCAGAUGUCUCUCUCCAUCCCUACCUGUAGGUGUUGGGGGUUGAAGAUGGCACCUUCUGCAUGCGAAGCAAAUGCUCUUCCACAAAUAUUUUCAAAAAAAGUUUAUAAUAUUUCUAAAGCAUUUUUAGGAUUUAAGAUUUUGUUGUUCAUUGGCUUGAUAGACAUUAUCAACAGGUUACCAACAGGUUUUGUAGCUAAAUAAAUAAAUAAAUAAAUAAAUUUUAUUUAUACCCCGCCCUCCCCAGCCAAGACCAGGCUCAGGGCGGCUAACAGCCAAUAAUAAAAACAAGCUGAUUAAAAUACAAUUUAAAAAAAGAUUAAUAUACAACAUUAAAACAUUAGGAUGCAGCCUCUUCACAGGAGGAGAAAGGAAAAAGAAAGAGGAGGAGAGAAUCAAACUGAUUCUAAGCCAAAGGGCAGGUGGAACAACUCUGUCUUACAGGCCCUGCGGAAAGAAAUCAGAUCCCGCAGGGCCCUGGUCUCAUGAGACAGAGUGUUCCACCAGGCCAGAGCCAGAGUUGAAAAGGCCCUGGCUCUGGUUGAAGCUAAUCUAACUUCCUUAGGGCCCGGGACCUCUAGGGUGUUGCUAUUUAUGGAUCUUGAGGCUCUCCGUGGGGCAUACCGGGAGAGGCGGUCCCGUAGGUACGAGGGUCCUAGGCCGUGAAGGGCUUUAAAGGUCAAAACCAGCACCUUAAAUCUGACCCUGUACUCCACCGGGAGCCAGUGCAGCUGGAAAAGCACUGGGUGAAUAUGCUCCCAUGGCAGAGACCCCGUGAGGAGCUUCGCUGCAGUAUUCUGCACCCGCUGGAGUUUCUGGGACAGCUUCAAGGGCAGCCCCGCGUAGAGCGAAUUACAGUAGUCAAGCCUGGAGGUGACCGUCGCAUGGAUCACUGUGGCCAGGUCGGGGCGGGAAAGGUAAGGGACCAACUGCUUGAUGCGGCGAAGGUGGAAAAAUGUUGCCUUGGCUGUUGCUGUAACCUGUGCCUCUAUGGAAAGGGAGGCGUCAAGGAUUACACCCAAACUCUUAACGGAAGGCAAUGGCACUAAUUGGGCCCCCGCAAGAGAAGGGAGUUGGUCCCUCAUCACCAUACCAUCCUGACCCAGCCAGAGGACCUCUGUCUUCGAAGGAUUUAGUUUCAAUUUAGUUUCAAAUGGGUUAACUGUCAUUGUGAACUAUGAAAUUAGAUAGAUUUAGAACAUACUGUAUUGGCCUGAAUAUAAGCCGCAGACCGAAUAUAAGCUGAACCUUUAAAAUUGAUUUGGGGGGGGGCGUUGCAUACUGUAAGGUCGCUAAUAUAAGCUGCACUUUAACUUUUCACAGUUGGAAUUGGGGGGGGGGGGUGUGAGGCUUAUAUUCAGGCCAAUACGGUAAAUGCCAAGGCUUUUAUCAGUGUAGAUAUCUCUUUGGCUUUUUCCCUGGAACACCUGAGCAAAAGGAUUCCUAGCACAGUUGUGUGAUGGCAAUCAAAGAUUACUUAAUGGUGGAACACCAGAGUUAGCCUGCAGGUACAGAACCGAGAAGAAGAAAAUAAAUUAAAACAGAAAUAAAAUAUUUAAGGGAUUUUAAGUAAGCAGAAGCCCAGUUUUCCCAAGCUUAUAUCCCUGUUCCUGUUUGGAAUCUUGGCUAUGCUGCUACAUGGGCCUCUGACCCAUCUGCAGAGCAAGGAACCAUCUCUCCUGCCUUUGCUAACAAAUGGUGCUGCAAUGAAAUUUAAGGAAGAGCAGCUGGCAGCUAUACCGUGCCAUUCUUGGUUUCACUGAAUAAUUUGAUAAUACCUGGCUGCGGUCAGUGGACUGUAUUCAACUGUUCCGUUGACCGGCAAAUCAGGAUUAAUCAAGUUGGUGGGUUUCUGUAUAUUGCACGACCGUGACAUGACUCUUGUCUUAAUUUCAGAAAGUCCACGAGAUGCUCAAGAAGGGCUGGGAUGCUGAAGGCUCCCCGUUCCGAGGCCAGAAGUUUGAUCCCUCCAUGUUCAACAUCUCUCCUGGGGCAGUGCACUUUUGAUGAUGGCACCGAGGAUGGGAGAAUUGCCUACCUGCCGGGGAGAGUAGGAUGAAACUGAUGCCACUGCCACACUCCUCCCCUCCUGCCAGCGAUGUCAAUCAGCCCCUUUGUCCCUGCCUUGUUACCUGGGCUUGUUUGCAAAAUGACAAAGGACUUCAAAAUAGCCAGAAUGUGGGUUUGCUUUUGGGGAGGGGGGAGAGGGAAGUGCAAUGUUGAGCAAGUCCUUCCCUCCAGCGCCAGGUUGGUGCAUUUAAUAUGUAUGUGGGGGAAGCCUAGCAAAAAGCAGCCUUACGUACUGUGUCACCACGGCAACCAGCAGCUGCUGGUAGCAUUUCCUCUCCUCUCUUGUUAAUGGAUUGCUUUGGGGAGGGGGGUUGAUUGAAGGCAGUAUCCCCCCCCCCCACCUCUUUUUCAGAAAUACAUGCAGUUUGGCCAAAUGAUGGCGAGAUUCUCUCCUGUUUCUUUGUUGCUGUCUUCUGUCCCUGCUUCCAUCUUUCAGGAAACCCAAUCUCCUAAUGGCACCAGGCACCACAGCCUCCUUUAAACACCAGCAAUCUGCAAUCAGUGUCAUUUUAGCAGCAUCUUAAUUGCUAGGUUUGGUCCUUGAGGCCCUGGCAGUGGGAGGUAAAUGUUGCAGGCUCAGACUAAUAGCUGAAAAGGAGCCAGAACAGAAGGUGACACUUGAUAGCUGUAUCUUUACUGUACAUCUCUGGUGGUCUGUGACGCUUUGGCAUUGAAUUUGAAAAAUAAAGGGGGGGGGGAGAGACAGACUUCUCCUGAUUGCAGUGACUGGAUGACUUGGUGCCCAGAGAGCGGCAGGUCUCUGUGAGUCUCAGUCUGUUCUUAGUUUUAUCCAAAAGUGCUUGAUAUUAAGCUUCAGAGUGUAGACAUUAGUUUAUCUCCCUCCCUCCUCUCUUAGGGCCAAACUAGCUGAUACAGCAAGUGUGGGAUUGUAUUUAAUUAUCUGUCUUUUUUCAAAACAACAACAAAUCUGUUUAUGGAAAAUCGGGACCACAGGGUGGGGUUUAACUUUUCCCUGUACACUGCAGUCCUGACAGUCCCCCCCCCCCCCGUUAUUUACAUCAGAAAAUAUAUAUCCCAUGUAGAAAGCCAAUGUAGCUUUCCUUUUAGGUGGGGGCAGCAGGGUUGGGGGUGGGUUUGAUGGGACGAUAGCAUUGGAAGAAAGGGUUAAACUUACCUGACAGCCCAUGACUGCAGAUAGCGAUGACUUGGCCCACCUCAGCAGGUUAUCUUGAAUCUAUGAGCACAUUUAGUACAAUUGUGGCUCUUCCCCUAAAUUCUGCUUCAGAGGAGGCAGGGUGUGCCAUUUGAAUUUAAGAAUCUUAUUUCUGCUUAUUGUCAUAAAACUGGCAACCUGUUACAGGGGGUAGUGAGAAAUACAUUUGAGGGAAAGAAAAGUCAUGGCUCUUGAAGUUGUCCUAUUGUUCUGGCAAUAUACAUACCUUUAAAAAAAAAUUGUUAUAGGACCCAUAGAGAAAGCAGCCGUUCCAGAUCUAAUAAUAUUAUGUGCAUGUCUGCCAUUAAAAAUUGGCAAGAAAGUCAAAGCUUCAAGAACGACAUCACCUGUCAAAAUGUAAAACACAUUUUAGGUUUGUUCAUAGUUGCUUAGUGGGCCAUAUAAAGGCGUAAGUGUUAUCUCCACUAUUUUACACUUAAGAAGGGAAGUAAACGAUAAAAUACAUAGUACAUUGAGACAUUCUUGGUGCUUGUGAUACCCAAUAUAGAAUUACAAUAUGCAAAAUUCAGCUGAGCCCACCAGUAUAUCGGCUUUUAGUUGCGAGAUGUAGGGCACAUACCAGACAAAGCUCUUGGCUUCUGAAUAAGCAAAUCUGACAAUCCUCACAACUUCAGACAAGUCAAAAGAGAAAACUGGAUAAAUAGUCUCCAGUACAAGAUUUCAGUUGAAUUCUCGGCUCACCGUAGACAACUUUAAAGAAAGCUUGACCAUGAGAGAGCAAUAGAGAAGGUGGCUGUUCCAGAUAUGGUAGGAAUAUGUUUGACCGCUGUUUUUAAAAAAUCCCCACAUCACAAAACGGUCCCUGAAGCUGGCAGAUUUUCAGCUGUAGUGUGGUGGAUGCAGCAGAAAUCCCAGUCACACAUGCCCAAUGAGUUUUCUGGACUCGUUUUCGCAAGGGGCCUAUGCUUGUUUCUGAAGACAUCAGUUGCCAUUUGAAGCAGAAGAUCAUGUCCGGUGUUAGUCAUACUCAGAGUAGGCCCAUUGAAUUUAAUGGAUCUGACUAACCUAGGCUCAUUAAUUUCAACAGGUCUCCUCUGAGUAAAACUUACGUUGGCUACAACCCAGUUUUGUUUCUUUCUUAAAUGACUUGAUCCAUGACAAAGGGAAUGACAAAGAACUUGCGAUGUCUAUGUUGGCUGUAGAAAGAGAGGCUAGGUGAUAUUUUAUUUUUACAGGUAGUUUAUAUGUCAUUCAUAUAUGACUUUCAUUGUAGGCAUAAAAGUAAAUGGAGAGAAAAGCACACAGCUUCCUGACCAGUCCCUGACAGUAGGAUGGUUGUUACUCACAUGCAACAUGAAUGUCACCACACCUUUUGUCUUCUGAAUGGGCAUUUCACAAUAGUACGUUUCCCAAACACUUUGUGGACCUACUACCUGCAGUCUAUCAUUAUUCUACUGUUUAGGAAGGCAAGUGGGUGGUGAAAGAAUGUCCCCACUGAUCAACACGUUCCCCCUUCCUUUUUAAAACAAUAAUUUUAUUCUAUCUAAAGCACCUAAAAUCAACUAGGCAACAGUCUUAAGUUGUUUGUCUAAUGCACAGUGGGUUUGUAUGAUUUAUGGUCAAUAUUUGUGGGUGUCCACCACCUUGAGUUUUGUGGUUCCAAUGAGCUUGACUAGGACUAGCAUUCCCAAGACUGCUGACAAAUAUCAAAGGGAUGGGUUUCUUCAGGACUUGUACAUCCCCUCAGCCCAGCCCCUGCCCAGCUUCAGGAGGUCUGUCCACUCCAACCUUCUGACCUCCUGUUGGGCUUCCUAAUGGUGAAAAUAGUCUUAAGACUGCAUGACCUGGAUUAGUGGUUUUUUUUGUUUUUCCCCCAAUCAUGAACAGUGGGUAUUAAACUGUGCUGGAUUCUAAAAAAAAUGAUCAAAACCUUCCUUGGAAUAUCUGUUGUACUUGUAUGGUGCUGAAGUAGGAGUGGGGAAACAGAUGUGCCGUGAAAUGUCAAAGACAAUGACUACUUGAUUUUGAUUUUUUUGUCCUACAGGUAUUUGGGGAAAGGUAGCAUCUUGCCAUUUUACAGAUGUAUGUUCAAAGAGUUGGCUGUCCUUGCUCAGACAAAAUGCCUUCUUCUAAAACAAGAAAAGUGAGAUGUCCUCACUUAAGCACUGGGGACUGGCCUCUUCCCUCAAAAUGGGACAGAUGGAGAAAUGUCGCUUGCUUUCAGUGCCUCGUCUCUCAAUCAAUCCUUGUGCUGAGCCAGUCGAUUAAGCCUUAAAGUUCCAUGCAGGGCUCCCUCGUAGGCCAGCUUUGUCCAACUAGAAGACAGUUCCCAACACUAUUUUCUUCCUAGCAGAGACAUUUCUACCCAACUAGUCUCCAGCCUAUGCCUUCUGGCAGCCUGGCUUUCUUUCUGUUCCAACUGAGUUCUGAAGCUGCAACAUUGCCAUGACACUGAGCAGCCUAUGUCUAGGACAAGUCAGCACACUUUGUGACCCUUCAGGCCAAGCAAGCUUCUUCAAGGUCCUGAUAAACUUCCACUUCUGUCAGACUGCAGAAACGAAGUAGGGUGGGAAGGGAGCAUUGUUGAGGACUUGAUAGGUCUGAAAAUGCAUGACUUGGUGGAUCUCAAGUUACCCAAGCUUGGUCUAAGUUUACUCAUGGUUAAUUUUUACUUUCCACCUAUCUCUUUCUACUCCCACCUGGAAAUGGGUGUUCUCUGGCAGCUGCUGACAACACUCCCUUCAUUUUGGUUGUCUACAAGCUACAGUUUGCAUAUGAUGCUAGCGUCUUUGCUGAACCGAGGGACAGUGCUGUCGACCUGGCAUCGGCUCUUGCUUGUAGCACACACUCUUUACCUGCUUGCAAUAAAGAACGCGAUGUCAAAGCA